GGAGACGCGAGGUUGCAACAGCGCACAGCGCCAUGGAGCAAGAAGAGCGCGCGCCGAGGAAGCUGCGCGACCGAGUGAGCUACUACGAGCAGGUGUGUGCGUCGGGGCGCCGGCAGGACGCGCCCGAGGCGGGCCCGGUGGACGUGGCCGAGCUGGAGAGACGCCUGGAGCAGCGCCGGCGCCGCGCCGACAGCCCUGGCACGCGCGAGGUGGUGCGGCUGCGGCCCGCCAGGAGGCCGGCGGAGGACAGCAGCGGCGAGUCCUUCGAGGAGAGCACGGAGCGGCUGGAGGAGGAGGGGGACCUGCUGUCGGGGGGCGCGCGGGUCGUCACCUUCGAGCGGGUCACGCUGCACCGCUCCGUGCGCGCGCUCACGCCCAGCCGCUCGCCCUCCGAGGAGCGGCUGGCGCAGGAGGACUCGGCCUACCACACGGGCCGCCUCAGCAAGUCCUCCUCCGUGUCGUCGCCCUCCGAGGACAGCCGCGGCGAGUGGUACUCCGAGUUCCGCGCGCAGUCGCUGCACAGCAUGCCCUCCCGCAUCGAGUACAUCCGCAGCAGGUCCGAGUACGACGCGCACAUCGCCAAGAACAAAGACGAGCAGGAGAGGGUGCAGAAGAAGACCUUCGUCAACUGGAUCAACUCCUAUCUGUCCAAGCGAGUUCCACCGCUGCGGAUGGAGGACCUGAUCGAGGACCUGAAGGACGGCACCCGACUGCUCGCUCUGCUCGAGGUGCUGUCGGGAGAGAAGCUGCCCGUGGAGAGGGGCCGCAACUUGAAGAGACCACACUUCCUGAGCAAUGCCAACACUGCACUGCAGUUCCUGCAAAGCAAGAAGAUCAAACUCGUGAACAUCAACUCGUCAGAUCUGGUGGACGGCAGACCCCCGGUCGUCCUCGGACUCAUUUGGACUAUAAUACUGUACUUCCAGAUCGAGGAGAACACGCGUGUGCUGGAGGCGCUGGGCCACUCGCUCGGCGGCAGCACGAGCAGUCUGGAGGGCGGGGCUCGCUCCGACUCGGCCCUGCCCGCCGACAGGAGGAGGCUCGGCCCGGAGGAGAAGCGACGCCAGGGCGCCAGGAAGGCCAUGCUGCAGUGGGUCAGCAACGCCAUACCCCAGGACCUCGGCAUAGAGGUGAAGGAUUUCGGGACAAGCUGGCGGGACGGCAACGCCUUCCUGGCCAUCAUCGACGCGAUCAAGUCGAACCUGGUGAACCUGGUGGCGAUGCGCGAGGCCAGCAACAGGGCUCGGCUGGAGACUGCGUUCACCGUGGCGGAGAGUCAGCUGGGCAUCGCGCGGCUGCUCGAUCCCGAGGACGUGGAUGUGCCGAGGCCGGACGAGAAGUCCAUCAUGACCUACGUGGCUCAGUUCCUGCACAAGUACCCCGAGCCCAGGACGGCUGACGGCUCCAGCACGCUGGCCGCGGUCGAGAGCGAGUACAACGAGCUGGUCAGCUGGCUCACGAAGAACACCCAGCUGCUGGAGAACCUGCAGCGGACCAGCUCCCUGCCCGUGGUUUAUUCCGAAUACGCUGCCUUGAAGAGCGACUUUGACGGCAGAGUGGCCGUCCACGACAAGCUGUGCAAGCUGGUGGAAGCCCAGAGCAUGAUCAGCAUCAGCUACGAGUCCUGGCAGGAGAUAGACAGGCUGUGGUUCAAGCUGGAGGCUCAGCUGCGACACUGGCUGUGGCUGCUGGACAGCAGUCUGCCGGGCGCGCUCGGCCAGGUCGGCGAGUGGCUCGGCCGGGCGGAGGCCCUCGUCGUCUCCGACGACAUCCCCUCGGCCAUGAACGAGGAAACUGCCACCAUCAUCAGCAGGAAGCUGGAGGAGCACAAGGCCUUCUUCGCAGAGCUUCCUGCUGUUCAGGCCAAGUUCCAGCAGGCACAGUCGUCCCCGCUGGUCAGCAGUGUUCCCUCCGAGCAGCUCCAGCACCUGGCCAGACGCCUGGACGAGAUCGGUCCCAGGGCUGCUCGCAGACGAGUGCACCUCAAGUUCCUCGAGCACAAGUGCUGCCUUAUUGCGUUCCUGCACCUGACGGAGACCAAGCUGCGUGGCUGGACGGUGAAGUAUGGCCGGGAGGAAAAAGUGAUCCAGCUCCUGGAGCAGUACCGCAACUUUGUGUCCCGCAACAGGAUAUUCCAGGAGUUCAACAAAGCCUACAUCGACAUGCAACAGGUCAUCGAGGAGUACAAGCGGGAAGGCAAUGUUGACCAGCGAGAGGGCGCCGCCACCGACCGCUUCAUGCGGGAGACGGGCGAGCGCUGGAAGAACGUGUCGAUGGAGCUGCGCUGCGUGCAGAGCAUGCUGGAGGAGGUGGUGGCCUACUGGAGGCGCUGGAACUCCCUGGCCGACGAGUUCGAGGCGUGGCUGGACCGGGCGUACAGCGCGAUCCACCUCUCCGAGGAGGACAGGAUGGAGUACUUCCAGGACGUGAGCGUGUGGAAGGACAAACACCAGCUGCUGGGAGACACGGUCAGCUUCCUGAUCGCCACGUGUGAGGACCAGGUGGCUCGCGAGCUCAAGGAGCGCUUCAUGCGCAUGUGCACCCGCUGGGACGAGCUGUUCCCGAGCAUCAAGCAGUACAUGCAUGCCGGAGACGUCCUGCGGCACAGGAAGGACUAUCGCGCCGGCACCGAGAAGCUCCAGGCAUGGCUCAGGAGCGCGGAAGCUGUGCUCUCCUCGUCCCAGCUAAGCUCCACGGAGAAGAUCAAAGCUUACGGGGAACAGUUGCAGAAACUCCAAAAUGAGGUAGAAGGGAUUGAAGACUUGUUCAAAGCUGUCAGUAAGAAGUUCCAAGUGAUGAUUCAGGAUCUCUCGCGAGAUGAAGUCGACCGAAACAUGAACACCCUGAAGAAGGAGAAAGAGGCGUUGGUGCGUGUGCGGGCACUCAUACCCAUGCAGCUGCACCUGUUCCACCAGAUCCUGGUCCAGCAGGAGUCUCUAGAGGCCGGGCAGCUGGAGAUCAGCCGCUGGCUGGAUGAGGCAGAGGCGCAGCUGGCCUCUGAGUUGCUGGCCGGGGGCAAGGAAGCUGUGCAGGCCCAGCUCGACCGCCACAAGCUUUUCUUCUCACGCACACUCUACUACAAGUCGAUGCUGGAGAGCAAGAAUAAGGUGUUCCAGAGCAUCGUGAAGUCUGUGGACCACAGCGAGGGAAUAGACACAGAGGAGUUCCAGCAACGCAUGCUGCAGCUGAAUGAACGGUUCGCUCGCGUGACGCAGCAGGCUCAGCAGUGGGAGCUGAAAUUACAAGAAGCCAUCCGCUGCUGGCACAACUUCCGUGAGAGUGAGCACGUUAUUUCAGAUUGGCUCCAGAAAGCUGAGAAGCUGAUUUCUGAAAAACAUAUUGACACCAAGCAAGCAGUUCAAUCUCACAAGAGCUUCUUCGACCAAGUGAACGAGCGCUGGACCCAGGAUCUGGUGAACUCCGCCCAGGACCUGCGCCAGUGCCUGCCCGCCGACCAGCACCGCCCCGUGUCUGAGGCUGUUGAGCAGCUGCAGGCCAGGUGGAAGGAGGUGUUGUCAUUUGCACCCUUGCACCUGAUGAGACUGGAGUUCAGACUGGACGAAACAACGUUCACGCAGUACCUGAAAGAGAUAGAGAAAGAAAUCCAUUCAGAGCAGCAAUCUUUCCACAGACAUGAAGAUGUUGAAGCCAUCCUUACAAGACACAAGGAGUUCUUCGAGGAGCGCAGGCCGAUGGCGGAGAUGGAGCGCAGCCUGGAGCGCAUGUCGGAGCAGGCCGCGCAGUACGCCCGGUUCCAGCCAUCAGACCCGUCGCUGCAGGCCGCGCUGUCCCGCGCCCGCGCGCAGCAGCAGGGGCUGUCUGGCAAGGUGGCAGCCCUGCAGCAGCAGCUCCAGCAGAUACCGCAGCGCUGGAAGGAGUACCAGGACCGGUUCAGCGAGAUGGUGAAGUGGAUGGACAGCGUCGACGAGAGCCUCAAGAGAAUUGUGACGGAAGUGAACUCCCUGGAAGAGUUCGAGAAGGAGCGGACUGUGUUCCAGGGCAUCUGCCGCGAGGUGGAGGUGAAGCGCGAGAACAUGAAGUGGCUGGUGCAGACGCUAGACGCGCUGGCAGCUCACGUAUCUGAGGAGGAGUCGGCCACAGAGCAGACUCGUCUGGAGCAGCUCAUCAGCCGCUACAAGAACCUCAUACCCACCAUCGAGCUGACCAUAACCAAGACCGACGUCCACUACAAGUGCUACACCUACCGCAAGGAAGUGCGCGAGGUGUGCGGGCUGCUGCAGAAGGUGAAGGAGACGUCGGUGACGGGCGCCCACCCGGAGACCUUGGACUCGGUGAACGUGAUGAUCCGGCAGCAGGAGACGGCGGUGGGCCAGCUGGACCUGCAGCGUCCCAACAUCAUGAGCAUGCUGCAGCGAGGCAAGGAGCUGGAGCGAGACGCCCACGCCCCUGCCUUCGUGGGCGCCGAGGUGCAGAGCCUGGAGACCGGCUGGAACCAGGCCUACACCCACACCGUCGACAAGCUCAACAAGCUCAGAGGCACGCAGAAGGUGUGGAGCAGCUACGUGGACCAGAAGGACGAGAUCCUGCAGCUGCUGGAGCAGGCGGAAGCCGAGCUGCAGCAGCCGAGUGGCUCCCACGACAGCCGGCAGCUGGCGGCGGAGCUGCAGGCCAAGCAGCAGAUGAGCGUGCAGCUGCGCAAGGCCACGGAGGAGGCACUGCGCAGACUGCGCGACCUGUGCUCUCAGCUGGGUCAGAUCGCUGCUCCGGAGAGGAAGCCCCUGCUACAGAAGGAGGUGACGGAGAUAGAGCGCCGCCUGCACGUCACCUUGGAGACGGUGCAGGAGCGAGUGGAGUACCUGGAGCAGUUCACGGCGCACUGGAGCAGGUUCCAGUCGCGGCUGGGCGAGCUGCAGGACUGGGCGCGCCACGCCGCCCCCGCCACGCUGGCUCAGGCCCAGGCCGCGGAGCUGACUCCAGAGGAGCGUGUCAGGCGGUCGCAGCUGCUGCUGGCUCAGCUCGUCGACAGGAUAGCCGUGCUGGACGCGCUCCGUGCCGAGGCCCGCCAGCUCCUGCGAGAGGACAGCGACAACGUGGAUGCGGGGCAGCUGGGCCAGGAGGUGGACCAACUGAGGGCAGAGCUGGUGGCCGUGCAGCGGGCGGUGGAGGGCCAGAUAUCUGCCGUGGGGCAGGACCUGCAGCACUGGCAGGAGUACCGCGCCUCGCUCGAGCAGAUACGGCCCUGGGUGGAGCAGGCCGAAGUCAAGGUCAACAUGGGCAUCCCCCGACCUGUGUCCUUGCAAGAAGCUCAGCAGCUGCUCGACUCUGUCAAGGCCCUGGAGCAGGAGUGCGAGGCGCAGCUGGGCAGGAUCCAGGAGGUGGCGGCCAUCGGGCAGCAGAUCACGUGCCGCACCAGUGCCGCGGACGAGGUGGACGUGGUCCACUCCCGCUGGACCGCGGUGCACGACGUCGCCAUGGAGCAGGGCUCCCGCCUGGAGAAGAUGGUCGCCGGCUGGCAGGAGCUCGACGCGGAGGUCAAGCAGCUUGAGGAGUGGCUGCAGAGAGAAGAGCGUGCGCUGCUGGAACAGCCGGUCAACCUCAACACCCCGCAGGUUGACGUCUUGGAGAAGGAGCUCGGCCGGUUGAAGGCUUUUAACAAUGAAGUUUCUGAGAAACAGGCCCAGCUGGUUUCGUUGACAGCCACGUCAGAUAACAUCUCCCAGGGGCUGGCUCUAGAAGGAGCUUCUGCUGUGAAGGGGCAAGUCACAGAGAUGAAAGCCAAGGUCAACAAACUAGCGGAGGCUGUGCGAGCCAAGAUAAACACAGUCUCUGACCUAAUCAUGGCCAGACAAGAGUUGGAGGUGAAGAUGGCGGACUUCACGACAUGGCUGGGCGACCUGGAGGGCCGUGUGGCCAAGGGAGCAGUGGUGAGGCUGGACCAGGCGGACUCAGCACUGCAGGCGGUGCACGCGCUGGUGCAGGAGCACUCGGAGCAGCAGCUGGCGUUCAACGCCAUCUACGACGAGGUGAAGGGGCUGCAGAGCGCCAGCAGCCCGGCCGAGACCGAGACGCUCACGCACGGCUACAGCGCCCUCGUCGCCCAGUACCAGGAGCUGGAGGACCGCCUGCAGGAGAGGAAGGCGGCGCUGGAGAAGUGGUCGGAGCUGCUGAGCUGGCACGCGGACGCCUCCGGCCAGCUGGGGCACCUGCGCUUCCAGCUGGAAGGCCAGAAGCCGCAGGCAGACGUGCUGGCGGCGCUGGGACGGGAGCUGGCCGGCAUCUCGGCCGGAGUGCGGGACUGGUCGAGCACCGCCCCCGCCAUCGACGGGGCGAGCCGCCAGAGCGACACCGCGCUGGUCGACGCCCGGACGGGCGAGAGCGUCACGGCCGUGCUCCUGGUCGACGGCCUGCGCGAGAAGGCGGCCGUGCUGCAGAUGCAGCUGGCCGACAAGAAGAAAGUGCUGGAGAAGGUGGGAGCUCAGUGGACACAUUUCCAGCAACUACAACAAAACCUUUCUGAAGAUAUUCUUGAAACGCAAGCCCUGAUCCAGGAGACACUUUUUAAAGUUGACAGUUUUGACAAGUUAGAUCAAGCUGUCAGGGACAUAAGCAGUUUACUGGAAAAGCAUAAGCAGAAACAAGAAGCAAAAGACAUCUUGCACAAGGAGGGUAAAAUCCUGUUAGAUGAAGAUCAGAGCAACAUCUCAACCAUACAAAAUAUUUUAGCUUCAAUUGAUGCUAACUGGGAGAAAGUUAAUGAAACCAUUAAGGAACAGAAAGCAAAGUAUACAGAAAUGAACAUUGCAUGGAAGCAGUUUAAUGAUGCAAAAGAAAAAGUGUACAGUGGUAUUUCAGAAGCACAUAAAAUAUGUGAAUCAGCACAGGAUGCUCCUAAUGACUUCAUGCAAGCAAACAUUUUGCAUGAGAAAACAAAAAAGGCAUUAGAGACACUGAAGAAAGCAAAAUUCUCUUUAGACACAAUGGAUAACAAAGGGCAGAUUUUGUUCAAACAGGCUGAGCCAAUUUCUGACUUCAAAGUGUCUGUGGUUGAAGAUGAACUGAAGAAAGUCCACACGGAGUGGCAACAUGCUUAUGAUAAACUGAUAAAGAAGUUUCAAAGUCUAGAAGCUCAGAUAAUUAUUUGGAAACAGAUAGAAGAAUCUAAAAAUGAAGUACUUCACUGGCUUAGUGAAACCAGUGAUGGACUGUCAAAUGCCCUUGAGAACAUGUCAGAUAGUGAUGGUGGCCAGGCCAGGCUGAACAAAUACAAGGAUGAGCUACCCUCUUAUUACAACCUGAAAACCAGUAUUGUUACGAAAACAUCACAGCUCAUGAAACUCAAUGACGGAAAGCCUAUCCCAACCCUUGACUCUCUCAAUAAACUCUUGGAUGAUGAAUUUUUAGACAUUAAGAAUGUGGCAGAUAAGCUGGAGGAUAUUGCAUGUAUGUUUGGAGAAAGAGAGAAAAACAUACGUGACGACAUCAAAAAGGCUAGCGAUUCAAUCACCAAGAUAAGAGAGGCUCUUAUCAGAUGUGAUGAUCUCACAGGGGAGAACACAAAGAUUCUUGAAAGACUUCAAAAAUGCCAACACUUGAAACAGGAACUGCUGAAUUUUGGGUCAGACCUUAAAAAUGUUAAUGAGAGGAUUGAUGAAAUAAAAACAAGAUAUCCAUCAUUUGGAGAAUCAGGUUUGGCCAAGGAACUCGGUGGCCUGCAGGAACGCUACAGUAGUGUUCUCUUGCACGCCAACAAAGUUGAGUCAACAUUGCUAUCUUUCUUGAAGAAGUACCAUGUCGAGAAAUUGGGCAUGUUACAAAGAGGUGUUACGACACACAAAGAGAAGGUUGCUUGGUGUUUUCCAGAGGCAGGUAGUGAUAGGUAUAACCUGGAGGUUAAGUUAUCAUCUCUGCGAGAUGUUGAGGCAGGGCUGAAUGACUUUGAGGCUAAAAAAGCUGAUCUAGAUCAGUCUCUGCAACUUCUAGAGCAAGUAGAAAAACAGGAUAAAAUUCAAGAGCUUGCUGCAGAAAGAAAGGUAGUGGUUACGGAGUUACAAGCCCUUAAAAGUACAUAUGAUACCACAAAACAGUCUUUAGAACAUAAUAUUUCUUUGUGGCAAAAAUACGAGCUUAUGUCUGAAAACAUUGCGUCAUGGCUGAAAGAAUCUGAAGGUAAGGUACGUGCAGAGUCUGUAAAUCAGCUAAAUUUUUCAUCACUUGGUGACAAAAUAAAAGAAAUAGAAGUAUUCAAAAAACAAAUAACAGAUUAUGAACCUGAAAUAAAGGAAAUGAAGAACGUUAGUGAUGAGAUAAUGACAGAAAGUCCAGACUCUCGAGUUGGACAGUAUGUUGGCCAUCUUGUCAGCAGAUAUCAAGCUGUUUUGAAAUUUGUAAACACAUAUAUCGAAAGAUUGCAGGUGCUGAGUAGAAACAAAGAUAGUUAUAGGCAGGCUGUGGACGAUAUGGAGAAGUGGCUAGGUAAUGCUGAAGGAAAGCUGAAAUCUUACGAAAACCUGAUUUCAUCAGGAGCCAAACCAAUGCAGACAUACCAAUUAAAGCUGGAAGAACUGAAAGCCUUUGCAGAAGAAAAAGAAAAGGGUCAGGCACUUCUGAACAAAGCUAUAGAACUAGGAGAAGCUUUAUUUCCAGGUAUAACACCAGAGAAUCGAGAGGCUGUUCGAGCUGAGUUGCGAGCACUUAGAGAUUCAUCUGAAUCUGUUAUUGAUAGGGUGAACGUUGUCCACAAGAAGGUGGAAGGCAUCAUGCUGCAGCGGUCAUCAUUUGAAGACAGCUAUAAACAAGUGAAGCAGUGGGUGACAGAUGUACAAACCAAGCUUGGUGACAAAGUGGAACUGAAAGCAACACUUAAAGAAAAGAAAAUUGCCAUGCAUGGCUACAGAGCUCUUGCACAAGAUGUAAACACCCACAAGAAUAUCAUGAAACAGCUGCAGGAGAAAAUAGGAGCAAUGUCAGAUUCUGAGGCUGCAGACAAGUUCGAUACAAUUCUCUCCACUUACAGGAAACUUUCAAAGGACGUAGACGAGAGAAUUGCAGUUUCGGAAAAACACGUUACCGAUCACGAAAGUUACUUACAAGCCCUGGAAAAGAUGCGUGAUUGGCUCAGUGCAUUGUCGAUGGAAGCAGCUUUUGUGAGCGAUGAAGCUUUGUUGGAAAAAGAAGGAGCAGAUAACAAACUGAUGUUGAUCGAGACAUUGCUGCAGCAUAAAGAGGAGGGCGAUAAACUCAUUGAAGCAUGCAGCAGACAAGUUGAGGUUGUCUUGCAGCAAACAGAAUCAAGUGGACAUCCCAGACUCCUCAAGGAGUUUGAGGAGCAGAAGAAAGCUUGGGAAGUAUUCCUGUCCCGCUGUGCGGAAGCUCAGAACAAGCUGAAGCAACUGUGCAGUCGCUGGACAGAGUUCGAAGAGGUGAUCGACGCUCUGACGGCGUGGACGAAGCAGAAGGAACUGCAAGUGAAGGACCAGAGCCUGAGAAGCACCCUGGAGGCCAAGCAGUCUCACCUGAGCAAGCUGAAGUCAGUGGAGGAAGAGAUCCUUGCCAAAGGAGAGGAUUUCAACAAGGCAUCUGAGCAGAGUCAGUUCAUUAAAGGGGAGUCCGAGCUGUCAGUCAAAGUUUCCAGAUUACUCACACGAUACCAGGCACUGAAGAAUACCACGAAGGAAUCAGUCAUGAGAUACGAGCAGUUUGUGAAAGAGCAUAAAAGUUUCAGUGACGAACAUGCUGCAUUCUUGGAAUGGCUUUCAAGAACUGAUGCUGAGCUGAAAGAGUUGAGCGAAAUUGUGGGUGACUUGACUGUACUUCAGGAUCGUCAGAAGAAGAUUCGAGAGCUGGCAGACGUGAAGUCCAGGGAAAGUGCCAAAUUCGACACUCUGGUUGACAAAGGGGAGAAGUUGUAUGCUCACACUUCUCCGGAUGGCCGAGAGAUAAUCAGGCAGCAGCUCAGGACCCUGCGCUCGAUGUGGGACUCGCUCUCCGACAAGCUGCAGGGGUCGACGCACAAGCUGGACCAGUGCCUGAUGCAGUUUGCAGAGUUCACGCUGUCCCAGGAGCAGCUGACCAAGUGGCUGAAGGACGUGGAGAAGGCGAUGGCCCAGCACACAGAGCUCAAGGCGUCGUUGCAGGAGAAGAGAGCGCAGCUGCAGAACCACAAGAUGAUGCAUCAAGAGAUCAUGUCGCACCAGCAGCUGGUGGAGUCGGUGUGUGACAAGGCCCAGCAACUGGUCGACCAGACGCAGGACAAAUCUCUCAAUGUGUACUUGCAGUCGAUCAAGCAGCUGUUCCACAACAUUGUGGCCAAGUCGCAGGAUCUACUGGACAACUUGGAAGAAUGUGUGAAGAGGCACUUGGAGUUCAGUAACCAGUGCAAGAGCUUUAGCAACUGGCUGAGCACGCAGGCUAACAGCUUGCACGACUGUGAUGACGUCAGUGGCGAGAAGGCAGACGUCAGCAAGAGGCUAGAAACUGUCAAGAUGCUGCAAGACAGUCAAGGUGAAGGGGAACAGCAGCUUGGCCAGCUGAGGGAACUGUGCAAACUUGUCAGCCAAAGCACUGUUCCAAAAGGCAUUGAUGAUCUCCAAAAGGAAGUUGAUGGGUUGGAGGCAGCUCAUAAGGAACAUCUCUCCAGAAUAGGCGCGGUGGAGAGCAAGUUGGCGGGCCUGCUGCGGCAGUGGGAGCAGUUCGAGCAGCAGCUGGAAGCCCACUCGGCCUGGUUCCGCGCCACGGAGGCAGCGUUCAGGGAGCAGCCCCUCCAGGCCACGCUGGAGGACAAGGCAGCUCGGCUGGAGGGCUACCUGGCCCAGCGAGCGCUCAUCACCGACAAGGAGCCCGCGGUGGACGCCUUCGUGGACCGCUCCCACAGCCUGCUGCACAGCAGCGGGGCCGACCGCAUCAGGCCCCUCGUCGCCCAGAUCAGCAACAGGUACCAGCUGCUGCUCGUGCUGAGCAAGGAGGUGAUCGGCAAGUGGCAGGGCCUGGUGGAGGACCACCGAGCCUACCGGGACCAGCACGCCGAGGCGCUGGGCUGGCUGGCUGCCUCGGAGGAGCACCUGAGGGGCCUGCAGGGGGGAGACGCCCCCGGCAGGCUGCAGGCUCUGCUGCUGGAGCGAGAGCAGGCGCCCCACAGGCUCGCCUCCCUCGCGGCCGCCGGCGAGCGCCUGCUGCCCGACACCUCCGCCCACGGCCGCGAGCUCGUCCGCCAGCAGCUGCGUCAGCUCCGCGACAGGUGGGACCUGCUGGAGGAAGGCAUCAAGGAGCAGCAGAAGAGGCAGGACGCACAGCUGCUGCAGUGGAGCAGCUACCAGGAGAUGCUGCAGCAGACGCUGGCUUGGCUGGACGCCAUGGAGAAGACUCUGCAGCCCGACACCGCCUGGACCUCCACCCAGGAGACACGCUCCAAGCUGCUCAAGCACAAGACCACCCUGCAGGAAGUGAUAUCCCACAAGCGCAUCAUGGAGGCAGUGACGGAGAAGGCUGAGGCGCUGGUGCGGUCGACCGGCAACGAGGCGGCGGGCCGCGAGGUGCAGGAUACUGUCGCCUCCAUCAACCAGCGCUACGAGCGGCUGGUGAACAACCUGCUGGUGUUCAUCACGCAGCUGGAGGAGGCCCUGGACGCCUUCCAGCAGUUCCACGACCUCCAGAAGUCCCAUCAGGACUUCCAGAAGCAGCUGUGGGACCGGCUGGCCGGCUACUCGGACUACAGCGGCAACAAGCCGGCGCUGCAGGCCCGCCUGUCGAAGGUGCUGGAGAUCCACGACAGCGUGGACGAGGGGACGGCGCGUCUCGACAGCCUCGGCAGCCACGUGGCCAACAAGAUGGACAGACUGCCGGCCCGUGCCAGAGAAGCCAUGGAGCGGGACCUGGCCAACCUGAGGUUCGAGUUUGAGAAGUUCGUGGCGAGCCUGAAGGAGGCGCAGCACGGCCUGGAGGAGCGGCUGCAGCAGUGGUCGGAGUACGAGGGCUCGUUCGACCGGCUGCUGUCGUGGCUGUCCGAGGCGGAGGCGGCUCUCAAGAGCUACGCCCCCCGCUCCACCCUGGAGGAGAAGCAGGAGCAGCGAGAGAAGUACCAGGAUCUGAUAAAAAUUAUUGAAUCCAGAAAUAGGGAUGUGAAGGAAAUUGUUACCCUAGCAGACCAUCUCGAACAAUCUUUGAUACUCAGUUUACGGCAAAACGAAGCUGAAUUCGACAAAAUGAGUGACGAUUCUUCAGAGCUUGUACAAAUCAGCGGUGAAACUAGGAUCUCCGUGAACGUUCAGCAAAUAACCUCAAGAUUCCAAUCUAUACAGUCUACAGCCAAGGACAUAGUGAAGAAGUGCGAGCAGGCGGUGGCAGACCACGAGGCCUACCUGGCAAGGUACGAGCAGUGCUGCUCGUGGCUGGCGGAGGCGCAGGCGAGGUUCGACAAGUGGCGCGCGGAGAGCGGCAGCGGAGCUCGGCCGGACUUGCUGCGGUGCAGCGCGGCGCUGCAGGGGCUGCUGUCGGAGCAGGCGAGCGCGUCCCAACUGCUCAACGCCACCGUCGAGCUGGGUGAGAAGCUGUACCCGUCCACGGCCACCGAGGGCCGCGAGGCGGUGCGGCAACAGCUGCAGGAGCUGCAGCAGGCUCUCGAAGGCCUGUUCGACGCCGCCUCCAGCUUGCAGCGCCAGUUGCAGGCCAAGCUCUCCAGGUGGAGUGGCUUCGAGGAGUGCAGCAAGAAGCUGCGGCGCUGGCUGGGCGAGGUGGAGUCCCAGUUGCCGGCAGAGCUGGAGCUGAAGGCCACCCUGGACGAGAAGAGGGCACAGCUGCAGACGUACCGCGCGCUGCUGCACGACGCCGUGGCUCACCAGCAGGACAUCGUGAGCUUGCGCGACAAGACGGAGAGCCUGCCCGAGAGCAAUCGGGAGAUAGACCGGCAGCUGCAGCUUCUGACUGAGCAGCACGCAGGCAUUCUCAAGAGGGCUCAGAACUUUGUGGAGCGGUACGAGGCGAUAGUGAACGACCACCAGCAAUACAGCAAGGCGGUGAUGGAGACCCAGGAGUGGCUGGAAGCCACGCACAACACAGUGCUGCUGUGGGGAGACACGGAACUGGAGAGACUGUCUCUGCACACCAACCUGGAGCGCCUCAGGAACCUACAGCUAAGUCUACCAGAAGAGGAGUUGCGAGUGAGCUCAAUUCGCACACUUGGAGAGAAAGUGAUUCCAGGAACUGUGGAGUCUGGCCAAGUUAAUAUUCGGUCGCAGAUAGACUCAUCACAGCUUGAGUGGCAGGGUUUACUUUCCACAAUCAAGUCGACCAUCGAAGCCCUGGACAACAAGUUGCAGCAGUGGAAUGAGUAUGAGACAAUGAAGGAUCAGUGCAUGUCCUGGAUACGAGACACAGACACCAAGCUCCAUGCUGUUGACCUCAAGGCCACGGCCCAGGAGAAGAAGCAGCAACUAGAAGUGCUCAAGGCCCUGCAAGGCGAGGUGCGUGCCAAGGAGCUGGAGAUGGACUCCGUGACGGAGCGCGCACAGCAGCUGCACAAGGGAGCUAUGAGCAGCCGCAGCUCCCAGAUCUCCGAGCUGGGGCUCAAGUACCAGCAGGUGUCUCACAAGGUCAAGGACCUUACCAGCCGGUGGCACCAGUACGUAAUGAGCCACCAGGAGUUCGACAACCACAUUAAGGAGUGCACGCAGUGGCUGGAAGACAUCAGGAACAAGCUGAGCUACUGCUCAGACCUCAGCGCACCCUCUCAAAAGGAUCUGGAGGGCAAGCUGGAGACCAUCCAGGGCCUGCUGCUGUACAAGGAGGAAGGGUUCAGCAAGGUGCAGGGUCUGGUGGAGCUGGCACAGACCGUGCUGGCCAACACGGCCCCGUCGGGACACGACGCCAUCAACCACACGCUCGGCAGGCUGCAGGAGGAGUGGAGCGUGCUUGCCUCCAGGAUGAUCGAGAUAAAGGCAAUUUUAGAUGAGUCAAUUCAUCGCUGGUCUGGAUUCCUUGAGCAAAUACAUCAACUAAACAAGACAGUUGACUACCUGGAGGUUGUGUCCAAUGAGAUCUCAGAGUUCCAGACAACUAUAUCAGAGAAGAGGACGCAGCUGGAAAGGAUAAAAGGUCUGGACGAGAAGGUGCGCUGUGAGAAAAUAGAGGUGGAGAGCUUGAAGGCGAAGGCUGCAGAGAUGUUGGCCAGCGGCCAGCAGAGCCAUGCUGCCACGCAGGCACAGGAGAUACUCCACAAGUUCGACUUCCUAGCAGACAGAAUCAAGAACCUGGUGUCGGAGCGGGAGGACCAGUACAAGGACCACCGACUGUACAAGGAGGCGUACGACAACCUGACAGCUUGGCUGAAUCGGGCGCGGGAGAAGGUGCCCUCACUGAAGCAGCGUCCGCUGAGCGACAAGCUGGCCAUCGAGAGCGCGGUGGUGCCUCUGGACGCGCUGCUGAACAAGCAAGCACAGGGGGAGUUGCUGGUGGAGCACCUGACCCACACGGGGGAGGUCGUGAUGGCCAGCACGUCGCCUCAGGGCCAGGAGAGCGUGCGCAACGAGAUACGAGCCCUGCGCGAGAGCUUCGAGGGACUGUUCAAAGACAUCAAGCAGCAGAAGGAGCAGCUGGAGGCCACAAUGCUGCAGUGGCGCGACUACAAGGAGGAGUACGAGCGCCUGUCCGACUGGCUGCAGCAGAUAGACAUCCUGGUGAAGGCCCAGAAGACAGCGCUGCUUGCCACUCUGCCCGAGAAGAGCAAGCAAGUGCUGGAGGUCCAGGAUAUUUUGCAAAAGCUUGAAAAAGGACAAGAACAAAUUGAGAAGUUCAACAACAACGCUUCAGUUCUCCUCACAUCGCACUUAGAUACUUACGUGAAUAAUCAGUUACGUCAUUUGAACUCCCGAUACCAGGUGCAAGUGAAUUUGGCAAAAGACGUCCUCAAGAAGGUUGAAACAAACCUGGAGCAACACCAGCAAUAUGAAGACAACCUGGCCAAGGCACAGACAUGGAUUGAUAAUGCCAAACAAGUGAUCAGGGACUGUAGUGAGGCGUCAUCCAACAGCACUCGAGAGGUUCUGGAAGGCCGCCUUGGACAGAUACAGGAGCUGCUGCGCAAGCGGGAGGAGGGCCAGAACCUGGUGCACACGACCGUGAACUGCGGGGAGAGAGUGGUGCGCAACACGCGCUCGGACGGCCGGGACGUCAUCAACGCCCAGCUGAAGGAGGUCCAGAACGACUGGGACCGGCUGGUGAAGAAGCUGUCCACCGCCAAGGUGCACCUGGAGACCAGCCUGCUGCAGUGGGCCGACUACAGCUCCUCCUACUCCCAGCUGCAGCAGUGGAUCACGGACCGCGAGGCCAAGCUGCAGCAGGUGUGCGAGCAGAAGGUUACGAAAGCCAAGAAGGGGCAGGCGCCAGGCAUGAGCUCGCUGAGCAUCGGGGAGAGGAAGGCCACGCUGCGACAGACCAACAGCAUCGUGCAGGACAUCGUGUCCUUCGAGCCGAUGAUCCAGUCCGUGACGCUGAAGGCAGAGGACCUGCUGCAAGCUCAGCCGGCGUCGGAGAUCUCCAGCAAGUACGAGACGCUCAGCAAGCAGGCCAAGGAGCUGUACGCCCGGCAGAAGGAGACGGUGGAGCACCACCAGGCGUUCAUCGAUGCGGGCAACGACUUCGUGCAGUGGCUGCGUGCGGCCAAGGAGAAGCUCAGCAAGUGCUCCGAGCCGACGGGAGACAAGGAGUCUCUCGGUAGCAAGGUGUCGCAGCUCAAGGUGCUGGAGAGUGAACAGGAAGAUGGGCAGAAGAAACUGGAGAAAGCCCUGGAGCAGGCAGAUGUAGCUUGCCAGGUGGCAGAUGCUGAGGACAAGGAGAUCAUAGAGGAGGAGGUGGCACUCCUGCAGGAGGAGUUUGACACCUACACUGAGUCCCUAUGUCAGACGAAGAGCCUUCUGGAGGUGGGCAUAGUCCGGUGGACGGAGUACGAGGACCAGUUCCAGGAAGCUUCGGACUGGCUGACACAAACCGAGCAGAUAGUUCAGUCAUUCAACAAGCUGCAAGAUAGCCUGGAGGAGAAGAAGAAUGUCUUGGAGCAGUUCCAGGGCCACCUGCAGACGCUGUUCGACUGGCAGAAGGAGCUGGACCGCCUCAACAUGAAGGCCCAGAUGCUGCUGGAGACGUGCGCAGACACUCGCAUCAGCAACGCCGUCACCCAGCUCACCACCAAGUACAACGCCCUGCUGUCGCUGGCCAAGGAGAUCAUGAGGCGCCUCGAGCUGCACUACCAGGAGCACCAGCAGCACAACGCCCUGUACCAGGAGUGCCAGGACUGGGUGGACCGCACCGAGGACAAGCUGCGCGAGUGCCAGGAGCCGUCCAGCUCCCUGGCCGACGUCCGCAACAAGCUGCAGACCGUCAGGACCAUCCGCCAGUCGCUGGAGCAGGGCCAGAACAAGCUCAGAUAUGCCCUGGAACUGAAGGAAAAAGUAAUCUUGAACACAGAGCAGAAUGGAGCUGCAAAAAUACAAGAAGACACUGAAAACCUGAAACAAGAAUUUGAGAAGUUGAUGACAGAUGUCCAUGAGAUCAGACAGAAGCUCGCGACUCGUGCAUCGCAGCUGGAGGAACUCCAGAAGGCCCACAAAGUGCUGGCAGACUGGCUGGAGGAACUGGAGCAGAAGGUACGGCCCGACGGAGCCCAGGAGCACCUCAACGACCUGAGCGAGAAGCGGGCCACUCUGGAGAAGUUGCGCUCCGUGCAGCGCGACAUCCUCAGCCACAGCGAGAUGGUGGAGCGCCUCAUGUCGCGCCUGGCCGACAACCCCACCAUCCCCGCCGCCCCCUUCCAGGCCAGCCUGGACAAAUACAAGCACCUCAAGUUCUCCGUCAUCCAGAACAUUGCCACCCUGGAGGAGCAGGUGCGGGAGCACGAGGAGUACAAGCAGGCGUCCCUGGAUGCCGCGGACUGGGUGCGCAAGACCAGGAUAGAGAUCCAGCAGUGUGGGGACUCUCACGGGGAGAAGGAGGCGACCGUCGACAAGGAGGCCCGGGUCGCUGCCAUCGCUGCCAACAUGCCUCGAGGCGAGCAGUUGGUGGAGAGGACCGUGGCUCUCAGCGGCACCGUCCUGAAGACGACCGGCACCGAGGGGCAGGACAGCUUGCGGCAGGAGACACAGCAGCUGAAGGCCGACUGGGAGGGACUGUGUGUCAUGCUGAAGGACACUCAGAAGGUCCUGGCCAAGUGCAUCUCCUCUUGGAACGACUACGCCGACACUGCUGGCCGCAUGAAGUCCUGGCUGGCGUCCUUCCAGGAGAAGGUGGACUCCGAGUUAGCAGAUGAUAAGAAGAGUCCUGAUGACCUUCAGAGAUGCAGAGCCCUGCUGCAAGAGGCCGGCCAGCAGAAGGCGGUGAUGGAGGAGUUGAACGACCGCUGCGAGAGCCUGAUGGAGCAGAGUGCGUGCUCGUGGGUGCGGGACCAGACAGUCCAGCUGCAGGCCAGCUACAGCAACCUCCUCACCGCCUUGCAGGGGCUCGUCUUGCGAGUGGAGAAGAACCUGUCGGACCACACAGAGUUCGUGAAAGCAAAAGAGGAAUUUGACUCGUGGCUGAAGAGAGCUCAUGGCACAGUGAAGGACUGUGAGGGUGUGAGUGAUGAGGCAACCACCAAGGACAAGCUGGAAACAAUCAGACUGGUGGCGACGAGGAUGACGGAGGGCCAGCACCUGAUGUCGCGGCUGCAGGAAGUGUUCACCAAGGCCAUCAACACCACGCCCGCGGAGCAGCAGGACUGUCUGCGCGAGGACAUGGCCUGCCUGCACAACAGCUGGGACCAGCUCAACAUGGACCUGACCUCCGUCACGGCCCAGCUCAAGGCUGCAAUGAGCCGUUGGGAAGACUAUGAAGACAGCAAGUCUCGUCUUCAGCGCUGGAUCUCGGACACGGAGAGACUGCUUCAGGAAUCUCCCAACACCAAGGCUGAGCUAGGGGAGAUGAAGACCCUUGUGGAACGAUACAAGCACUACCAGGAUGAGAUCCAGGUGAAGCGGGGAGACCUGGACCACCUGCUGUCGGAGGCUGCAGAGCUGUCGGUGUGGGCUAGCCGACCAGAAGUGCUGGACGAGGCUCGGAGACUUCAGUCGCGUUGGGACCAGCUGGCCAGUGGCUGUGCAGCCCGCAAACACAACCUGGAGCUCGAGAUACAGGAGUAUUCUGCAUACCACCAGUCUCUCCAGGAGACAGAGAAGUGGCUGCUGCAGAUCUCAUUCCAGCUAAUGGCUCACAACUCUCUCUACAUCACCAACAGAGAGCAGACACAGCAGCAGAUACAGCAGCACCAGGCUUUGCUGGAAGAUAUUCAGAAGUACCAGGCUACUUUGGAUGACGUGAAGGCCAAAGGGCAGGGGCAGAUAGAACGCUACAAGGCCACAACGCCUGACAUCAAGGACACCAUUGAGAAGCAGCUGCACAAUGUCCAAGAGAGCUACGACUCCCUUCUGCACACUGCGCUUCAGAUACAGAGUCGUCUGCAGGAGUCACUGGCCAAGUUCCAGGAGUACGAGGACACCCUGGAGAGCAUCAUGAGCAACCUGGACGGCUUGGAGCCUCUCAUCGCCCAGGAGAUAGAGACGCCUGUGUCCAGUCUGAAGGCAACGCAGCAGCAACUGGAGGUCGCAAGGGGCCUGCACAACAAGCUGCAGUCGGAGAAGGCCCGCCUGGCGGUGGCCGUGCAGGCGUGCGAGGCGGCGGCUGCUUGUGUGUCGCGUCCCAGUAGCCCCCAGGACGUGGUGGCCGUGGCGGCGCCCGACAGAGAGCUGGUGGUCAGAGCCCGCCUCGAGGACCUCGUCGACCAGCAGCAUGACGAUGAGCAGAAGGAUGACUCUGGCCGUAGCAAGAAACUAAAAUUACUUCUCGACAACUUAGAGUCCCAAGGAUACCUUUCACGUCUGAACACACUGACUGAGAAGGUGCAAGCACGGCUGGGCGGGCUGGCGUCCAGCCUGAGCGAGCUGGAGGACCUGCAGCGCCAGAGGUCGGCCCUGCAGCAGUGGGCGGAGCAGCAGCGCGUCGUGGUCGCGGACUGGCGCUCCCGCCCCUCCAAGCUGCGGCCCGAGGCAGCGCGCGCCGAGCUGGCGGCCAUGACGGAGCUGCUGGCGACCGUCGGCGAGAGGAGGACCCGCCUGCUCACGGAGCUGCCCGCGGUCGACGAGGAUGACGGCUUGGAGGGACGGCUCGAGUCCUUGGAGGCCGAGCUGGCGGCAGUGCUGGGGAAGAAGCAGGCCGCACAGGGCGUGAUGGAGGAGCUGCGCGCGCGGGUGCAGCACACGCUCGCCUGGCUGGACGCCCUAGCCAAGCGGCUGGAGGGGCCGGACUGCCACCGCAAGCUGGCGGCUGUGGCGGGCAUCGCUCGGGAGUUGGACCAGCUGGGCCCAGAGAGGCUGGCCGAGGUCAGGAGGCUGGCCGGCGACGUCACGGACCUCGUCAGCAACCUCGACUCCCAGCAGGUGGAGGAGCAGUUGAAGACAGUUGAGAGGCGGUACAAGGACGUGGCAACACGAGUGCAGCGCAAGACUCAGGUUCUGGAAAUGGCUCGUAAGGGUCUGGAGGACGCCAUACGGGAGAUCAGCCAGGCUCGAGAUUGGGUUGGUGAGAAGAAGGCCCAGCUGGAAAGCCAGCCACCUCUUGGGUUCGAGAGCAAAGUCGCUGAAGAGAGGCUGCAGUCCCUCAAAGCCCUGCUGAAGGAGGUGGACGGCAAGCGGGUGCUGCUGGAGACGCUGGAGAAGCUCGUGGGGGGCAUGCAGGCGGAGCUGGAGCCAGGAGAGCAGCAGCAGCUGGAAGCCUCCUCGGCCGGCCUGCACGCCGAGCACGCGGACCUGAGCAGCCGGCUGCGUGCCGAGACCGGCCGGCUGGCCGCGGCUGUGGACUCCAGGAGGAGGCUGGAGGCGGGCCUGGAGUCGGCCCGGGCCUGGCUCAAGGCCGAGAGGCAGCAGGUGCAGCGGCUGAGCGGGUUCCUGCCCUUGCACGCCGACCGCGUCCAGCAGGAGAUGCUCCGGUGCAAGGGUUUCAGUGCAGAUAUUCAGGACUUUGAAGAUAAGACAUUGAGUGACUUGCAGAAGCAGGUCAAUGUCCUGCUUAAAGACUGCUCUGAUCCAGACAAAGAGAAGUUACAAUCACUAUUGAAAGGUGUGGUCCAUGAACACAAAGCACUAAAGAUUGACACUGAAGAAAAAUUGGCAGCACUGAAGGAUCUUCUUGAAGGCCGUAAGCAGUUUGAGGCCGACAUAGAUGGCUGUAAGCAGUGGCUGAAAGAGGCAGAGGUGGCCACUUCAGCAGAAAUACGUGCACCAAAUGUGGAACUUCUUGAAGAGCAGCUGGCCAAGUACGACAAGUUGAGCGAGGAAGCAGAGGGAAUGAGAGACCAGCUGGAUGGCGUCAUGGAGCGAGGGAAGGCCGUCCUGCCGACGCUCAGCGAGGCGGACAAGCUGGAACUGUCGGAGCAGCUGAGUACCCUGAAGGACAAGCUCGCCAACAUCACGGGGCUCAUCAGGGACCGCUCAGACGCACUCAAAGGGCAGCUGAAGCAAUACGUGGAAGCUGCGGCCAAGGUAGCCGAGAGCAUCCAGUUCGUCACCAAGAUCCAGAACGAGCUGAAGGAGUUGAACCACCCGAUCGGCAGCAAGGUGGAGGACGUACACGGCAUGCUGGCUCAGUACGAGAACAUCCUGGAAGACCUGAAGGCCAACAAGCUGCGGCUGGGUGACGCCCAGCUGGGCAACAUGGGCGAGCUACAGGGCAUCGCUCAGCAACAGGACGACCUCAUACGGGCCAUCGAGGCCCAGAUCGCGCGCCUGCGCCAGCUACUGCUGCUGCGCGAGCAGUUCAUCGCACUGGUCACCGAGAUCAUGACCUUCAUCACCAAGUACACCGAGGUGGUGCGCGACAUCGAGCGCGGAGGCCACACCGUUCAGGAGAAGAUCAAGAAGUACGAUGAUGUGGUACUGAAGAUCCAGGAGUGCGAGGCGACGCUGGCGUCGGCGACGGACAAGGGCCAGCAGAUAGCGGCGGAGGGGUCGGCGGCAGACCGCAACAGCGUCACGGAGCAGCUGCAGUCCCUGAAGCAGUCCCUGCAGGCGCUGCGGCGCGCCGUGGAGAAGCAGCGAGAGCAGCACGAGAUGACGGCCGCGGAGCACGGCAAGCUGGGCGCGGAGCUGGAGGCCGUGCUGGACUGGCUGCACGCCAACGAGGCGGCCGUGCGCUCGCGCCCGCUGCUGGCCCGAGACACGGCCAGCGUGGACCGCCAGCUGGACCGGCACCAGGAGCUGGCGGCGGCAGUGCACGGGCACCUGGACCGCGCGCGGGCAGUGCAGGAGUCUGCGCGGCACGAGGAGGGCAUGCCCGGCUCCCUCAUGGAGAAGCUGAGCGAGGCCGCGCUGCUGCUCAACACCCUGCCUCGCGAGCUGGAGGAGCGCGGCAAGUACCUGCAGGCCAACCGCCAGAUGAGGCUGGAUCACGCCCUGCUCAAGGACCGGCUGCACGCGUGGGUGCGUGACGCCGAAGCCAAGCUGCAGGAGGGCGCCAGCGGCGUGGACUUCCACAACAUCGUGGCUCACCUCCAGGACCAUCAAGUGUUCUUCAGCAGCGAGCCGGCCAUGAAGGAGCUGGUGAGCCAGCAGCUGCAGCAGGCGGCCGACCGCAUCUGGCCGUCGCUGACGGGGCCGGAGCAGGAGGAGCUGAGCGUGGAGCAGCAGCAGCUGACCCAGCUGCUCAAGAACACCCUCAACUCGGCCAAGUCACGCCGCGCGCAGCUGGAGCAGGACGUGGAGCUGUGGCGCGACUACUGCCUCGCCCUGGAGCGCGUGCGCGCCGUGCUGGCCCGCACGCACUUCUCCGACGAGCCGGUCGCCUCCCUGGCGGGGCUGCACUUCAGCGCCCAGAAGAUCACGCACGCCCUCGACGACCUGCAGAAGCAGCAGGCGGAGGUGGAGCUGCUGGGGCAGCGCUCGGCCGACGUCACGCGGCAGGCGGACGCGCCCAGCCGCCAGCAGAUACAGCAGCAGUGCCGGGAGCUGACCCAGGAGUGGGCCGACCUGGUGUCCGGCCUGGAGCGCCGGCGCGACACCUUCACCAAGCUGGCGCAGCACUGGGAGGAGUUUGAGUCCAAGUGGCAGUCAUUUGAAUCACUCGUGUCUGGUUACGAGGAGAAAUCGAAGCACAUCGACAUGACUGUCCGAUCUAAGAAUCAGGUUGCUGAAGUCGAACAGACACUGCAGGACCUGCUGGGAGAGGUGGAAGGGCACAGACCUCAGCACGAGGAAGUGUUGUUCUUGUCCGGCACUGUGCUCACCUACCUCACUGCCUUCUCGGAGCCCUCGGCCCAGGCGCUGAAGGGCAAGCUCCACCAGCUCACCGACAACUACAACAAACUUGUUGAAUCUCUGAGGAGCAAGUGUAGCAAUAUCAAGGAGGAGUUUGAUAAUAUUAAAGCUGUUGAGGUUGACAUUGAAGCAAAGAGACAAGAACUAGAGCGUGUUGACAGCCAAGUGCGCAGUCUCUAUGUUUUUGGGGAGGAUCUAGAUUCUUCAGAAGCAGCCCUACAGGCUGUGAAGUGUGAGGCGGAGGACUGUGUGUCGAAAGCAAAAACUUUGACCUCAGAGACAAGAGAGUGGUACAUCAACCUCCAGCAGCUGGUGCCCACAGAUAUCGCUCAGCAAUUGUCGUCCCUGGAACUGCUGUGGGAGGCGGUGAGCGGGGCCAUGGAGGAGAAGGAUCGCGAGAUGAAGCGUGCGCGCACUGUGCGGACGGAGUACACGAGAGACGUGGAGCAGGUGCAGUCCUGGCUGCAGCAGGCGCAGACCCGCGUGCAGGACCGGCUGCUGGAGCCUCGCCAGAUGAAGGAGUGCCUCGCGCAAGUGCAGUCGGAGAUCGGCGAGGUCAGCGACAAGCUAGAGAGAGUGCGGAAGAACGGCGAGGUGCUGCUGGAGAACUCGAGGGAUGAAAACGAGAAGCAGCUGGUCCAGCGCACUGUUGCCAACCUCACUGAUGAGCUGCAGAAAGUGCGCUCCUGGCUGGAUGACAAGAAGCAACAGGUUGCGGACUGCCUGGACUCGUGGGAGCGGUUCAUGUCCUUGUACCAGGCCGUGAAGAGCUGGGUGGAUGACAAGCAGACCUUCCUGCUGGAGCCGCUACAGCUGAGUAGCCUCACACAGACGCGCCAAAGGCUUCACGACUACUCGGUGGCGGUGAAGAGCUGCAAGCAGGUGAGCAAGAGCCUCAGCGACAUGAGCAAGGAGCUGGAGCGGCUGGCGCAGCUCACGAGCGUCGGCGACCUCCCUGACAAGCUGGAAGAGGCAGAGGAAGCCAAAGGAGAGGUGGAGUCUCGCCUCAAUGAAAGGAAUUCAUUGCUUCAAGAGACAAGUGAAGAGUGGGAGCAGUGUGAGAAGAAGAUGAAAGAUGUGCGAGCCUGGCUGGAGAAGUCUCGUCAAGCCCUUGAGUCCCCUCAGAACAAGAAGAGGCCUUUGCGGGACCAGUUGGCAUUGCGGGAGAAGAUGCUUAGUGAUGUGGCUGUACAGAAGACAAAAAUUUCCAUGUCUGUGGAAAAGCUUCAGGUCCACUUCCGAUCGGGUGUGGGUGGCGACACCAAAGUGACUGAAAGUGCUGCAGAAAUCUUAAAAGAGUUGGACCAGCUGUGCGACGUGGUGAAAGAACAGACUUCUGGCUUGGAGACUUGUCUGGCACAACUCGAUCAGUAUCAGCAGGAAAUACAGCAGUUGCGGCAGCAGAUCGUCCAAGUGGAGCAGCAGCUGAGGAUCGUGCUGAGUCCCACGUACAUGUCACACGACCGAGAAAAAGCCCAGGAGGAGCAGAAUGGUUUGCAACACGACGUGCUGUCGUACCGAGAACGGAUCCAGGCCUUGACGGAGCAUAUCCAUCAAGUUGAUCCUUACAUGGUCAUCAUCCCAGAGAAACUGGAAUCAAGUGAAGUAGACGUAACAUCUGGUGGCUACGGGUCAGAAGAGAAGAUGGUUCCACUACUUAAGAAACAGCAAAAAACCCAGUACAAACUACAAUCAGCAAGUACAGUGAAGCCAUCAAAAGAACGUUUAAAUCAUGUAUCUAUGUCUGCAACGUAUGCUGACAUAGCGGCUGGGAGAACAAGUCCAUCUCCUUUUGUUGAACCUGAGGAAGAAGAGAUGGAUGAAAGUGGUCAGAGGUACGUAAUCGGAAAGUCUGUACCUUCGAGAGUAGUCAUCAAUGCUCCAGAAGAAGCACUGAAAGAUCAUACACAUUUUGAAGAGGAAACACAUAUUCUAAACAAGCAACCAGAAGUUGAAAAGCCAGUAGUCCAAUUAAAUGUUGAAGAACAACUACUUGCCGGCCUGGAUACUAGCUCACGGGGCGAAAAAAUCAAAACAUUUCGUAGGGGACGUUCACCUCGAAGAAAGGAUGUUUUGGAAAAGAAAGUUGAUCUAAAAGAUAUGACUAUUCCUGCUCAGAAUGUUGUGGAUUCCUUUGAUGAAGACGUUAAGGAGCGACAGUAUGCAACAACACCUAAACCACAGAAAUGGGAACCUGUCAGCAAGAAACAUCAUGUUGUUCUGAAACAGUCUCAGGAAAUGCUAGAACCUCAGCCUCAUCGGGGCAGAUCCCCAAGUCCCAUGUGGUUACCUGGUUCAACAACGUAUGCAGAUGUGUUGAGAGGAAAACAAGCAGCGGAAUCUUUGGCAUCUAGCGAGUCAUUACAGCAACCAGAGUACGAGGAGCCAGUGAAGUCGAAACAUAAGGAUGUUUCUCCGGAUGUUGCUCAGGUUGUAAAUAAACCAGAGUUGGAUCCAAACAUCCACGGACUAGAAGAGACCCAUCAGUAUCCCAUUGAGGAAUGGAACAUUUCUUCACAAGAGCCCUACCAUUCAGAGAAAGUGUACUCAACUCCUGAUAAUACUUUACAUGCAGUGGAUGACUAUGAUCCAGACAGAAUAAAUGGUGUUAUUGCCAGUAAAGUUUCUACGGCUAAGGCAUCAGAUACAGUAAAUUUUCUGGAACAAGAAGUAGUGUCUUCAAGUCAUGAAGUUGGCACAAUACCUGUAUUUGAGUACAUACAGCAGCCAGCACCAGAUUUGGUUGGUUUCAUAGCAUCUGGGCAGCAGUUGUUGAACUCUGGGUUGGGAACGUACCACAGCGGAGGCUCACAUCCAUAUGUUCUGACACACAGCCCUCAGCCUGCAGCCUACCCUGAUGCUGCAACAUCGGAGCCUCAACAGUUUGAAUCAGAGUCAUUAGAAGGAGGUACUUACAAUGAUUCUAUUACAUUCACUGCUCCAGUUGAACCAGAGUUUGUUUCUAAUCAGCAUACAGAUGUUUCAGAGAUGAAUGCCGAGAUUCCUGCUGAAGGUAUAGAUUUAAAUCAAGCCACAAACAUCGAGACAAAGGACCAAGAACAUCCUGAAUUGCCAAAGUAUGAGGAUGUUCAUGUUGUUGAGGAUAACUGUAGUAAUGUUGAAAGUUCAGAAGUUUCCCAUCCAGAAGUCUCCAGUGCAGAAAUCGACAGAAGCCACUUGUCAUAUGCACAGAUAUUAGCGUUAGGCUUGUGCAGCAAACCCCUCCAGUCAUCCAGUCAGCCAAAUUUACUUGUUGACUAUAAAAACGAUCGACCUCGAUCAUUGCAACAGAAGUUGCUCGAAGAAGAAAAAAAUUGGGCUACCUCUCCUUCCAUGGAUAAUUUUUCCAUGGCUAGAGAAGAGAUGGAAAAGCAGAACAUGCUUACUAAUAAUUUUACUGAUUUUCAUGAAGAUAAGAAUGCUACGAAGCGUAGAAAGAAACUGAAUAAAGAUGGAGAUACUCCAUCAAAUACUAAUAUCCCAGAUGUAGUGCCGUCAUUUGAACAGCAGAAAUCUGGAUUAAGAAAAACUAAAAAAAUAAUUCAAACAAAACAAGAUCGAGAUAUAAAACAUGACUCUGCUGUUUUGUUUCAAAGUGAACCUGUUGCUGAUUUAGAAAGUGGAGAGCUAAACACUAAAUCUGAACAAAAACUUACAGUAAAUGACAGCACAGUUCCAAUAAAAAUCAAGAAAGGUGAUAACAAAAAAUCAAAACAGUCACCUGAAAAAGUUCAAAAAAGUUCUAUCAAACCUGUUUCACAAACAUUCCAAACCGAUAAAAGUAACAUAGAAGUUAAGAAAAAAGAAGAACUUCAAAUGAAUGUCCACGACACUUACAAAGAGAACAAUGAUGGUGUCAUAGCGGAACAAGAAAAAAGAAAGAAGCAGAAGCGAAGAAAAGUGGAUAAGAACACAUCAGAAGAUGAAAUUGAGAAAGCUUUGAAGGAAAUAGAGUUAGAGUCAUGCAAAUAUAAAAGCAAAAAGGAAUCCAUGGUUGAUGUAAAAGCAGAAAUGAUGAAGAUUGAUGGAGAGGAGAAGAAGGCAAGGAGAACUAGGGGUGUAUUGCAUGCAGAGGUGGCUCAUGCCACUGAGGAGCCUGUCAGUCUCAUGACCCCAAUAGAGACAAAGGUGCAAAUAGUGGAGCUGAAUGUUACAGUUCAGGACACAAAUGAAACAAAACCUGUUGUUACAGACAGCAUCAAGCCAGAGCAAACAAAAACAAAGAAGAAACGUGGAAAAAAAACAUUGUCUGAUCCGAAUAUGCCUGAUAAAUCCACAUCAAAUUCAAAACAUGACUUCAAAGAAAUGGUGGACGUUAAAACUGUUGAUAUAGCUGUAGACUGUGGUAGCAUUGGGUUUAUUCCCAAAGAAAUUACAGUAAAAGAAACUGAUAUGUGUCUGACCACAACUCCGUUACUUUCAACUAGUAAACCAGAGGAUCAGAUAAUUGCAGAGAUCACAUCUGCAAUAGAAGAGACGAGCAUUGUUGAACAUGUCAAAAAAGAAAUCAAAGUUGCUGGUAAUAUUGAUCAAACGCACCAGCUUACGCCAAAACCUGAUGCACAGGAAGCUAUUCAGUCACCGCUUAACAAAACAAAAAAGAAAAAAUCAAAAAGCAAACAGCAUAAGGGUGUUGAACUCGAAGAUACUUCAGAAGACAAAACAAAUAAUAUACCAGUUCAGUUUGUUGAUAUACAACCGGAAAUUGUGGCUUCAGAACAGGUAUUUGAAUCUUUAAUAGACAGUGAAACUAUUAUAAUAAAGAAAUGCACAGGAGCUGAACUAGGUUAUAAACAUGAAAAAACAAAUGAAGGUGUGAUUGAAAACCAAGAAGACUCUCUUUUUCAUGCCAAGAAUGAAUCCAUUGAUUUUGAGGACCAGCCACAUUCAGUUCUACAGCCUGCAACUGUGAAAAACCACGUUGAUAACACUCAAACAGAGGAAGCAUUUAAGGCAAAGAAACCCAAAAAGUCAAAAAAAAGUAAAUCAGACAAGGAAAUAAAAAUAAUGGAGCUUGAAAAUAGUGUAACAUUUAUUACAGCUCCUGAAGUACUAAAUUCAACAAUUCAUAAUGUUGUUGAAGAAAUGCAGCUAGAUUCUGAUGUAGGAGAGCCAUUUGUUGUUCCACCCUGUGUAAUAGGGGAUGCAGUAGAGCCAUUGAUAGCUGCUCCAGAAUUUGCUUCACCAGAAGACUUUGUCAUGUUGCCACCUGUACACAGAACUGACUUAGAAUUUCUAGAGACUACUGAACAUAGCAUCUCUGUAGAAAAAGACUUCCAAUCAGAAAUGAAGCGAAUUAAGGAGAGAAUGAAAGAUGAUGAAGGCCAAGAAGAUGUCAGCAUACAGAAUGGAAGGCUAGCAUUAUCUCAGAUAGCUGAACAGUCACAGUUUAAGGAAAGUAUUGAUAAUGAACAUAUAGCUAAUAAUGCUUCAGAAAAGUCUACCAAUGUUGAUGUUACAAAGAGAGUUAAAAGCAAGAAAUCAAAGAAAGGAAAAUUCAAAGAUGAAAAAGUUCCUGUUGAAGAAGGACAUGAAACUAAUGGUGUUGUAGAAAUACCUGUUUCACGUGAAAAUUGGGAACAGUCAUUGAUUCAGACUGAUAAUGUAGUCGAUGAGAUAACAGAGAAACAAGCAGAGACAGAUUCGCAGGAAAUAAAUCUAAAUACUAAAGAACGACAUUCUAAAAAUAUAGUUCAAUCACAUGAACAAGUUGACAUAACCGUUAAAAAAGAUAAUCUGGAUGUAAAUAACACUGUGAAUAUUGAAGAAAAGAUAUGUAGUUUAGAAGAAAUAGUAAAAGAUGAACCUUACAGCAAACAGUUAGCAGGUGUGGAAGUUUUGCCAGAGAAGCAUUCUGCUGAAAUAAGUUCAGUGACAACAAAUGAUUCAAAUUACUCUUCUGCCAAACACAAAAGUAAGAAGUCAAAGAAAGUUAAACACAUGAAAGGUGAUUUGCUUAUCUCAUCUCCACCGAAAGACUUGAGUGACGACAAAAUUAUUAUUGCUACAGAAAACGAGUUAUUUGUUUCUAUAUCAACCACAGAACCGUUAGAGCUUGUAGAUGAAGUUGAAACUGGUGAGACCAUAAACAGUGCUGGUGUGAAUGUAGAGUUCAACAGUGUUAAAACAGAGACCAUAAGUAAUACUGAAAAUUGUGAAACUGUGAUAAAAAAAUAUGUGGUGGAUCAGCUAGAAGGCGAUGUUACUACUAUUGGGAUAGAUGCAGUUUGUUCUAAGCCACAACUAAAUUACGAAGAAGGAACGGUUGCAGAAUUCAACACUCAGAGUCUUACUCAUGUACCUUCUGAGAUAAGUACAAAUUCAGCUGUUAUUGAAACGGAGCUGAAUGUAAUGCCUGCCCAAGAGGUGGACUUGCAGUCCAAGAAGAAAAAAACCCAUAAGAAGUCUAAAAGUUCACAUACAAUACUUGUUACAAACACUAAAUCAGGUGAAUGUAGUGAUGAUAAAUUUAUAGAUUCACCAAGAAAUGUAUCUGUGAAAACAGUUUCAACAUCAUCAUCUGAACCUUCAAGCCCUGUUGUACCAGGAAGCACAAAGAAGAAUAGAAAGUCCAAGAAAAGCAAAACUGCUGUCGACACUGACUACGAUGCUUCUGAAAUAAAGAUUAAAGAAAAUGACUGGCUUGCGGGAAAUUCGUUACAUGUGAAGAAGAAAUCUCAUAAAAAUAAACCAGACACUAAGAUUUAUUUACCUGCAGAACAUAUUUCAUUAUUGGACAGUGAAAUAUCCACAAAUAUAAAAUGUGAAACAACUAUUUUAAAUGAAGGAGUAAAGCCUGACUUUGAUGCUGAAAAGAAAAGGUCUGAAGCAGUUGCAGACGGAAGGUUAGACCAUUCACAAAUUUUAGAACCCAUUAAAGGUAAAAUUGAUAGUUUCGAGUCUGUUGGAGAAGAUAAAAGUAUAAGUUUCAAAAUCAUUCCAAGCUCCCAGGAUUACAAUUAUGAGACAUUUGAAACAACCACAAUAUCUACAGAUUUACUGUGCACUGAGCAAAAAUUUGAAGACACUGAUCAAUCAAUGAAGAAUAAUGACUCUAAAGAAAAAAUUAGUCAUCCAAAUAACUUUGAAACAUUGUGCAAGAAGCACAACGAAUUUGUUUCUUGCAUGAAAGAUGAUGCUGGUUUACUACAAAAAGAUAUAACACUCAGUCCUGAUGCUAUAAAUGCAACACAGCAUUGCAUGUUAGAAAUGGCCGAAAUGUUAGAGACACCUAGUCAAGAGGACUCGCUAGAGACUCCUGGCUUUAAACCUUUGAAAUUCACUGACCAGGAUGAGGACUCACUUCUAACUGUUUCUUACAGUUCACCCUCCCGUUCAACGACUGCUUUUGCCACAUCACCCUUAUCAGCAGAUUCUGACUCUGGACUGGCAGAAGAAAUUGCAAGCUCAAAGGAUGAUGAUGUGAAAUUACAGUUUGAAGACAAACAGGAUGGAAUAUUUGGUUCUGUGAAGCAAAGGUCAAGAGGUCCACGUAAAGUUAUUGAUACAACAGUAGAGAGGGAUGAAGUACCAUUUAAACUUACAGGAAAAAAUCGUAAGGAAAAGAAAGUUAAGGCCAAAGUUAUGUCGCCUUCGGACACUACAGAUAUUCCAGUAGAAGAAUAUCAAUUAAUGAAGGAUAAAAUUACGAAAAAGAAGAAACGUCCAAAAAUUCCAGCUGUAUUUUUAGCAUCACAGUCAGAUCCAUUGGUGGUUGAAAUGAGUAAGACAUUUUUAGAUGCUGAUGUUUCAAGUUCAGUACAGAUAGGAGGAGCUAGCAUUGAAAUACAUCCACAUCAGAUUUCAGGGAAUGAUAAAGAAACUUCAGAUACUAAAACAUUUGAGAGCAUUUCGAAAGUUGAAGUAACAGAAAAUCCUGUAUUAUUAUUAGAGGUAGUAAAAGAUGAUAUUGAUGUUAAAGAACCGGCUAUUUCUACACAUUUUCUGGUAGGUAGUGUUGACAAUAAAGAAUCUGAUAUUACUACACAUGUUCAUAAUAUAGAACCUGAAAUGUACGCUCAGGUUUCCUCACCUUGCAAGUCAUCAUUUACAGUUAAUCUUGAAGAUUUAAAUGAUGCUUGGUUGUCUGCACUGGAUGAGCCAAUGGCAUUUGACAGUGAUGAUGAAUUGCAGGCUACAAAAGAAAUUGCUUGUCCAGAUGUGUUGAAACCAGAACCAUUUUGUAAAGAUUAUUGUGGACAACAGUUUUUGAAAAAUACUGUGCAAACACCUAUAGACUUGGAGAACAAAAUAGAUAGCUAUGAAAAUGUGUCAUUUAAAUCUGAAAAAAUUGAUGACUUGGUUACUUUUAUUCAAACUGACCAAGUAUUGGAUGACUUUCACAAUGAUAAUGUACUAACUAAGCAAAUGGAUGCAAUUGAUGAUAGUAAAGAACCCCUUGAAAAAGAGAAAUUUUUAUAUCCUGGGGAUCAGAUGAGUAAUUUAGGUCUUUUGAUAUCUCGGGAGAUUGAUGGUAACUAUUAUCAGAUACGUGAUGCUGAACUUCGCUGGCAGCAGAAAGUUAGUCAAGAAAUGGUAGCCUAUCAUCGUCCAAAAAGCACACCUAAAUCAACCAUAUCUUGUAAAUUAACUUAUAAAGAUAACACACUUGUAAAAGAUGUCAAGAAUGAUUUACUAGGUGUAAAAAAUUCAUGUCAGACAUUGUAUUUAAUGGUGGCAGAUCUACCUAUCUACAACUACCAUGCGAUUCAAGAUGCAGAAAAAUUAUGGAUACAAAAGCACAUGCAUACAGCAAUGACACAGCCUAAAAAGCAUAUCAUUGUGGGUCUACAGGAUGAUGAUGAAGGGACAGAUGAGCCAAGUGCAGAAAUGCCAGUUCCAGAAGAGAAGUCUCCAACAUUACUUGUUAAAGACAGCAAAAGUUCGCUAACUAAAGAAGAGUCUCAAGAGGAUUUAGUAACGAGCGUAAAAAGGAUGUCUGUUGUAAAGUUUGAUUCAGAGACAGCUAAUCUAGUUAAAUUGACAACCCAUAAUGUCUCGUUAGGAUUUUCCAGUUUCUUAGAUUCUGAAAGAAAAUUACAAGAAAUACAAAUGAGUGAAGGGACUGACAGUAUCGUUUCAAAAGAGACACAAAUGGCUGAUAAUAACUGUGGGACUGAGCCAAUAACAAAAUUUCAUUCUGAUGUGAUUCAACAUGAAACAUCAGAACCUGAAUUGUGCAGUUGGGAGCAGACUGAAGUAAAAGUGACAAAAAUACCUUUGAAAUUGGAAAGUACGCAUGUUGAAGAGGAUCAACAUGAUUUGGCUGUCAAUCAACAUUUGGGCGAGACAAUCCCCUACAAUAUGUCUGACAUUCACCAAGCAGAAAAAGCUUCUCAGCAGAUGUUGGCAUCUGCUGCUAGGCUCACUGCAGAAGAAAAGGAACCAACAGCAAAUGAAAUGGCUUGUAGGGCUGAUAAACCAAUAUCUCAUGUAAUUGAUUGUGUUAAUUAUGAUUCACUUGGAAACCAUGAUAUAGAAACUGUAAAAGAAGCACUAGCUGGGAUCUCAAAUCUCAGUGAUAAGCUAAAUAUUAACACAGUUGACAGCAAACAGUAUGAGUUAUCUGCAGUUCCAAAUAAGGUGAAUAAAAUAAUGUAUGGGUUGUCUAUCAUUGCUGAAGCUGAGAAAAAACAUAACGAAAGGCUGGCAUCUACCACAGAGAUUGAUGUUUCAAAUGAUUGUAUCAAUAUAGCUAAUCAUAAAAGUGAAUCCAAGACAGAAAAUGUCAGCAUUCAACUUGAAUUUCAGCAUAGUGUUCCAUAUAUACCAUACAAUCUUGCAGAAAUCAAUGAAACAGAGAAAAAUUAUCAUGAAAACUUAGCAUCCGGUAGAAAAGGUGUUUGUGCAGAUAGGCCUCCAAGUGUUUUAAAGUUUGACUCUGAAAAUUUAGAUGCAAUAGCAUCAUUGAAAGAAACUUCAUACAACUUUUCAGCACUUCAAGAAGCUGAAAGCAAUUAUUUAAAAUUACUAGCUAUGAACGGAAUAGUUACUGAUGUUAAAAUAAAGCAAAAUGAUACCAGUAAAUUAGUCAAUGAAGAAAUCGAAACAAGUUUGAAUUCAAUCCUCAAAAGUGUUUCUGAACUUCAUGACAUUAGUGACAGCAUGGCUGAUGAGAUUAAAAUUUCCAGAGAACAUGUCAUACCUGAGAAGGAGCCAUAUGACUUGCAUGCUAUUAAUGAAGCAGAAAGGAAGUUUGAAGAAAACUGUUCUUCAAAGAGUAUUUAUAGAAAUGAUGUUUAUGUUUCUUCCAGAAAAGAAACAGGAAAUGAAGAAAAUCUUAGAUCAGUAACCAAAGGAUAUGUGGAAGAGGUUAUCAGUUCCAAAUUAUUGGCACAUACUUCUGAUGACAGUAUUAAAGCUGAUUCUGAAAUCCUCUGUGAGUCUGAAGAAGGUGGUGUAUGUGUUAUGAAUGGACGUAAAAAUAUAUCUGAUAUUUCAUUAGUGUCACAUGUUAGUAAUGCAGACUCAUUUCUUCAACCAAAAGGGAAAUCUUGGGCUGAUAUCGUAGCAAUAAAGAAAGAAGUUUCUUGCGGAGAAACAAUUUUUCCAGUUAGUGAAGAAAAUACUGUGGAGUCUUCUGUUAAAGCUGUACCAAAAAUUUUGGUAUAUGUUGAACCAACAGAAUCUAAUGAUGUUAUAGAACCUGUAGUUGAAGUUGAUCCAGAAGGUUUCAUGGAGUAUGUUCCAAAAAAAGAGAUGCGUAAAAGACGAUCACGUUCUAGGUCAAGAAAUAGAGAAAAAGAGAGUAAACAUGAACUGGAAAAUCAGAGCUGUCAAAGUGAUAGCAAUGCUUUGGGUGUAUCAGUUGAACAGGCUAUAGCAACCGAAGUUGCUGAUGCAAAAACUGGUAAGUACAUGGAAAAUGAAUCAUCUGAGGAAGCAGAAGAAAUUGAUAGUGAUGUUGGUAGACCUGUUGAAGACCUCAUGUCAGUGAAGAAACACAAGAAAGAAGCAAGAGGUUCACAUAAAAAAGGUGUUGGCAAAACAGAUGUCUUGAACAUCCAACAUGAAAAAAGAAAGAAGCAUCGCUCAGAAAGUGAACAAGAAGUGUACGACAUUGUGCGUUAUAUUGAACGAGAGGAAGUAUUGAGGAAAUAUGUACCUUUAGAUGCAACAUUUUGGCCAGACAUGUGGAGAUAUCAGGAUGCAGAGAUUCAGUGGGAAGAAAUGUUGGAAAGAGCCCACAGAAAUUUGGUAUUGAAAGAUCAAUUGGAAAGUGAUAAAUGGAAAGAGCCAGAUGAUCAAGAUGAUGAUGACAAUGGCCCAGAUAGUGGUCAUAGUUCUCCAGGUCCAGGCUCCCCUCGUCGAGGUGGUAGUGGAGGAUUUGGUCCUAUGAACUUUGCAACAGAGCAUCUCUCCGCUGAUCUUCCAGGUGGUAUUUGCAGUUGGAAAGAUGAAAGUACUUACCUCUCCAUGCCAGAAACACAAGAGCCAUCAGAAUAUGACAUACGCAUGGCAGAAGAAGAACAGCACACAUCAUGGCUUGCUCAGCGCUUAGCAGAGCAGGUCAUCACCGACCUUGAUGACGAGCCAGAGCUGGAGGUUUGCCUGCCAGAUUUUAUCUUGUUGGAGCGGGACCUUCCACGGCAUGGCUUUCCACAGUCGGGUCUGCCAGAGUCAAGUCAACCAAGGCCUAGACUGCCAGAACCAAGUCUACUUAAGUCUGGCCUCGUGGAGCCAAGUCUACUGAAGUCUGACCUGUCAGAACCAAUUCAAUCAGAUUAUGGUCUGCCAGAACAAAGUCUACCAGAGACCAGCCUGCCAGAACCACGUAUACUUAAGCCUGGCCUCAUGGAGCCAAGUCUACCAAAGUCUGACCUGCCAGAACCAAUUCAACUAGUGUAUGGUCUGUCAGACUCUGUCCUACAAGAACCAUGUGUACUAGAGACCAGCCUGCCAGAACCAAGUCUUCCAAAGCCAAGUCUACCAGAACGUGACUUCCCAGAACAAAGUCUACCAGAGCUUAGUCUGCCAGAGCCAAUGUUAUCAGUGCCACAUCUACAGCAUGGCGUGGCAGAGCCUUAUGGUCCUGCCACCAACAAUACAUCGGCCCUCAUCUCCCAGAUGAAGGUUUCGUGGUCUGCCGACUUGGAGUCUUUGAAGAUGGAAACAGCCCUGACAGAGGCUGGAUUGGGUGCCCUGCCCAUUGACAGUCUUAAAAGCAUGUUAGCCGCUGUAGUGGGCUACAUGGAAGACCUGCGGCGACAGGAGAAGGAAGCUGCUCGCUUGAAGGAUGUCCUCGACAGCCUUCCCCAGGAUCCGGAGACAGCAGGUCUCGGGGCGAGCUUGUCCAGUGCCCGCACAAGGGUUGCUAUACUGUUGUCGCAAGCAGAGCAAGGGAAGGUGGCCAUCGAGUCAGCGCAAGCAGUCCAAGAGAAACGUCUGAUGGAGAUAGCCCAGUAUCGAGUGUUGCUUGCUGACCUUGAAAAGUGGUUGACAAACUUACCAACUUUUUCCAGGGCUGUAGAUAACAGCUCAUUGGCAGCCAUUCAGGAGGAAAUCAUACAUCAUCAGGCUCUUGGGCGAGACUUGGAGCAACGAGAGUUACAGCUAUCUGAACUGGCGGAGGUAUGCACUAAGCUGCAGAGUUAUCCUGACGUUCAUCAUCUCGCCUCAGAACUAUCAGACCAACUCAGGCUUUUGGAGGAUACACUCAGAGAUGCUGACAUCGCACUUAGAUCACGGCUUGAUGCUUUACAGGAGUCACUAAAAAUUGAAGAGUCAAAAGAAGAAAAAGUCCUCCUACCAUCAUCGGAAGUUGAGCAAGAAUCUUCAGUGCCUGAUUAUAGACGUGAGUUACUUGAUUUAAAAUCUCUCCCUCUUCAUGAAAUGCUUGACAUUUUUGUUUUUGAUAAUCCUGAUCUAGAGCUUCUUCCAACAGGGAAACACGGUGAUGCAAGCAAACCCCAGGUUGUUGAUGGAAGGUCACUUCCUGCGGUAAGUUUGCCAACAAGUCCUGAGGAGCAAGAAGAUGAUACCAUAGAUUCAAACGCAUCCCCGAUACCUGAUGAGGAAGUGGUAAUUCCAGUUCCUGCUGAGCAAGUGCCAGUUAAUGACACUCGUGUUUUAGGAACAAUAGAAAUUGCUUCUCAGACUGGAGAUAGUUUGUUGGAACAUGUUAAACCUUUUGUACAACAUGUAAUUUCUACAGAUGUAGGUGUAACUUGUCAACCUUCAGUGGAUGUGGCUACUUCUGCUAUACAGCAAGGUAACAUUAAGGUUCUGCAGAAAAUUCAUGGUGAUGAGGAAACUAUAGAAGUUGCAACCAAACAAAGUUUGGUAACCAAAGAUCCUGUGGUUCAGUUGGACAGCCAGAGUUUCAUUUUACCUGAGUUGAAACAAGAUGAAGACCUUUUGGUACAGGUAAAAUACAAAGGCAAGUCCAAGGAUACAGACAAAGGCACUGCCUCAGAAUUGAAUAUCACUCACUCAAUGCCACAAUCUUUUGAGACCAUGAUUGUUGAUCCAGAGGAUACUACUACAGAGGUGAUAGUUGAUGCAAAUGGCACCAAGAGAAUUAUUGUACGUAAAGUCCGCCACACUACUGUAUCUGUGCAACAACAUCAAACUAUUCAACAUGAUGAAAGAAGAAUUUCUGAAUCUGAUGUGGUACCUACAGAUUAUGUAGAACCAGGCCAAGGGGUUGCAUUUUCUAAAGUUGUUCUUACUGGCCAGCAGAGUACCAUGUCACAGAGCCAGCCAGAUAAUAGCCAAGUAGUUACUACAAGCAAAUCAUACGUUGGCCAAAUAAUGGCAGGAAUUCCUGGUGAAGAGGUUUUAGUGUCAGAGCUUUCAUCUGAUCCCCACCAUGAAACUAUCACAUAUCAUUCCAACCACCCUGAAUGUGAAAAUCUGUCACCAUCUAACUUACUUUUAAUGGGAUUGAAGUCACGACACGAUUCAACUGAAGAUGCUCCCACAGAAGAAAAACUACUUGAAGAUAACUAUUUUAAAUCAACUUCUAGUGUACAAGCAGUUGUACGACAAGUCACAAGGAAGACUGUUCGUAAAGUUAGAAGAGUAAUAAAACACAUAACAGUGAUUGAUGGCAAAGAGCAUGUAACUGAAGAAGUAGUGGAAGAACCAGAAGAAGUUGAAAUUACACAAGAAGGUGUACCAAGAGUGGACAUUGAAAUAAAAAACAUAACUUCUCCAGAAGAUGUGUCAGGAGAGUCCCCAAUACAUUGUGUGCACACAGGGCCAGUUAUAGAAGAGAUAACAGAUACUAUACAAUGUACAAAUGGUUCUCAGAGUAAGCUAUUUAGCAGCCACGAUGACAUCCUAAACAUACAAGAAGAAUGUAAUCGUGAUCCCUCGGAUAUUCAUAAAAAAACUGUAAAAGUUGAGAAACAAAUGGGUAUUACACCAGAAAUUACAGGCACAGUAAAUAUACAUAAAACCAAAUAUAUUGGCAAAAAAGACACAAUGGACAAAGAUAUAACACAAACACAGUACCUUAUGGGUGAAACAGAAAUAAAAGAUUACAAGUCACAAAGAGCCAUGAUAACUGAAAAAGAUGAACAUGGUAAUGACUGUCAUGGUCAAGUUGAAACUGUUCAUAAAUAUCAGACUUCUCCAGUAGAGGAUGCAAAUACAGAUUCGAAAACAAUUGUUUAUAAAGACAUACUUGACAAAGAUGUCAACAUUUAUGAAACAAAACAGAGAGGUCAAUCGAUGGUUACAACUGGUAAGGAAAUAGGAACAUUGCAACUGACCAGCACUAUUCAAACCACUGGCAAGGACAUAAUACUUAAAGAUGUAAUACAGAGAGAUGGCAUGGAGGAAGUUAGUGAAGUAGUUAAUGUGCCUGAUGAAGUCAAAUGUAUAGAAGGUUAUCCUACUUCAACAGAUGUCCAAGAAUCUCAAACAUCACCGUUAACAAGUGUGAUCCAUACAACUAAGAAGAGAAUAAUUCGUAAAGUAGUGAUUGGAAAAGAUGGUAAAGAGAAAGUUACAGAGGAAGUAGUGGAUUUGCCUGAUGAAGAUGUUAACAUAGAAGGCUAUCCAACUGUAACUACUGUUCAUGAAACUCAAACAUCACCAAUAACAAGUGUGAUUCAUACAACUAAGAAGAGAAUAAUUCGUAAAGUAGUGGUUGGAAAGGAUGGUAAAGAGGAAGUUACAGAAGAAGCAAUUGAUUUGCCUGAUGGAGAAGAUAUUAUAGAAGGCUAUCCUAUUUUAUCAACUGUUCAUGAAACUCAGACAUCACCAAUAACAAGUGUGAUUCAUACAACUAAGAAGAGAAUAAUUCGUAAAGUAGUGGUUGGAAAGGAUGGUAAAGAGGAAGUUACAGAAGAAUCAGUUGAUUUGCCUGAUGGAGAUGAUAAUAUAGAAGGCUAUCCUAUUGUAACAACUGUUCAUGAAACUCAGACAUUACCAAUAACAAGUGUGAUUCAUACAACUAAGAAGAGAAUAAUUCGUAAGGUAGUGGUUGGAAAGGAUGGUAAAGAGGAAGUUACAGAAGAAGCAGUUGAUUUGCCUGAUGGAGAUGAUAAUAUAGAAGGCUAUCCUAUUGUAACAACUGUUCAUGAAACUCAGACAUCACCAAUAACAAGUGUGAUUCAUACAACUAAGAAGAGAAUAAUUCGUAAGGUAGUGGUUGGAAUGGAUGGUAAAGAGGAAGUUACAGAAGAAGCAGUUGAUUUGCCUGAUGGAGAUGAUAAUAUAGAAGGCUAUCCUAUUGUAACAACUGUUCAUGAAACUCAGACAUCACCAAUAACAAGUGUGAUUCAUACAACUAAGAAGAGAAUAAUUCGUAAGGUAGUGGUUGGAAAGGAUGGUAAAGAGGAAGUUACAGAAGAAGCAGUUGAUUUGCCUGAUGGAGAUGAUAAUAUAGAAGGCUAUCCUAUUGUAACAACUGUUCAUGAAACUCAGACAUCACCAAUAACAAGUGUGAUCCAUACAACUAAGAAGAGAAUAAUUCGUAAAGUAGUGAUUGGAAAAGAUGGUAAAGAGAAAGUUACAGAGGAAGUAGUGGAUUUGCCUGAUGGAGAUGAUAAUAUAGAAGGCUAUCCUAUUGUAACAACUGUUCAUGAAACUCAGACAUCACCAAUAACAAGUGUGAUUCAUACAACUAAGAAGAGAAUAGUUCGUAAAGUAGUUAUUGGAAAGGAUGGUAAAGAGAAAGUUACAGAGGAAGUAGUGGAUUUGCCUGAUGAAGAUGUUAACAUAGAAGGCUAUCCAACUGUUACUACUGUUCAUGAAACUCAAACAUCGCCAAUAACAAGUGUGAUUCACACAUCUAAGAAGAGAAUAGUUCGUAAAGUAGUGAUUGGAAAAGAUGGUAAAGAGAAAGUUACAGAGGAAGAAGUGGAUUUGCCUGAUGAAGAUGUUGACAUAGAAGGCCAUCCAACUGUUACUACUGUUCAUGAAACUCAAACAUCACCAAUAACAAGUGUGAUUCAUACAACUAAGAAGAGAAUAGUUCGUAAAGUAGUGUGUGGCAAAGAUGGUAAAGAGGAAGUUACAGAGGAAGUAGUGGACUUCCCUGAUGAAAGCGAACCAACGGAAGGUUAUCCUACUUUAACAACUGUUGGUGAGAGGCAGACAUUACCAUUUACUAGUUCUGUUCACACAACCACAAGGAGAAUAAUUCGUAAAGUAGUAAUCGGGAAAGAUGGUAAAGAGGAAGUAACAGAGGAAGUAUUUGAUUUUCCUGAUGAAUUAAAACAUCAAGAAGGUUAUCCUUCAACAUCUGUUCAGGAAACUCAAACAUCACCAAUAACAAGUGUGAUCCACACCACAACAAAGAAAAUAAUUCAAAAAAUUGUGAUUGGGAAGGAUGGUUCAAAGGAAGUCACAGAAGAAGUAGUAGACUUGCCUGAUGAAGUUGAGUAUACAGGAAGGUUGACAAUGGAACCAGAUGGUGGUGAUUGUGAUACAGUGCCUGUUCUGAGCAGAUCCUCUAUUAGUAGUCCUGGUAUCAGCCCUAAACAUGUGUCUCAUUUAGAAAAACAUGUUGAAUUUCAAUCAGAUAUUUCAGAAAUGUUACCCACAUCUACGAGUAAGGAUAAAUAUUUCUUACAGGACGAUGGAACAGAAAGAGCUGGUUCAUCUGUAUGUUUACCAGGAGAUCAUGGAUCAGAUUUAAAUCUACCUGAAUCAUCCAAUUUUUCACACAGUGAGAGUAUGUUGCAAAUGAGUCCUCAUAAAAGUUUUAAAACUAUUGAGAUUUCUUUGGGUGUAAGAGAUAAUUUCAUGUUGAAUGAUACAACACUCCCAGAAAAUUUCAUCAACCAUGUGUCUGAUUCAAUUCAACCAGUUGUUAGAAGUUCAUUUAAAAUUGAAGAGAAUUGUGUGAAUUUAUGUACUGAGGGGAAGUUUGUUGAUCCUGAUCAAAAAAUUGUUUUGGAACAAAUGGUGGUGCAACUACCAGGACCAUUAGUUACAACUGAAAAGUUUCUUAGGGAAGAAAGGGGAGAGUAUGUACCAUCUGUUGAGGAAAGGGAUAUUGGAGUAUUCACUGAUAUUUCAGAAGUUAUGAUAAAACCUGAUUAUGGUAUUUUGCAGACAUCUGACAUUGAUAAAAACAUCAUGCAAAAAAGUGAUCCUAGCUCAAAUUCAUCAGAAAAGCACACAAAGCAGGCUCAGGAAACUGCAAAUGAAAGAAAAGAAGAAGCUCCUUGUUCAACUGAAUUAGAUGUUACUAAGUCAUCUGAGGAUAGUUUGAGAAGUCCUUCUGUUGUAACCUCUGAUAACAAGACAGAUGAUAUAUCUGUAGAAACAUCUCUUGCAGAGUCAACAGAAAUAAUAUUGCCAAGUUCUGGUUCUUCUAAUACCACUAAACCAACAGAGCAAGAAAUAAUUUUUUUUGAUCCGUCACCUUUGAAUUAUUCGGAAGUAGAAAGUAAUAAAUCUCAUGAUAAAGGGUAUGAACCUGAAGACAAAACUUUAGACGAAGUAUCUUUAGUUGAAGAUGAUAGAAAGAAGAGUAAACGAAAAAGAAAAAGAAAACAAAAGUUAAAAGUGCAUAAUUCUGAAGAAUCAUCUGGGGCUGCACCUAAGUCAAGUAAAGAAAUAUCUUUGGAUACUAACAUUACUAGUCCAGACAUUUUGAAUUCAGGAACCACUUCACCUGCCAUUCAAGUUACUAUGGACAGUCCUUCUGAAGGUUUGGGGGCGAGUAUAAGUGAUAUUGAAAGAAAGGGGCAGAAAAGGAAGAGAGACAAAAGUGAAGAUGUAAGGCAGUUCGUAUCACCAACCAUUGAAAAUAAGCCAGAUUUACAAAAAUGCAUUACUGUCUCAGACAAAAUCUUAGAUGAUGAUAAUUUGUUUUAUCCGCCGAGUGACAUUGUUAAACCUAUUUUGAAUAAAAGUCCAUUGUCUGGGACUGUCCCACAGUUCCUACAGGCUGAGAAAGAAUACUCACAAUCUAUUAUGCAAAAGCUUCAUGAGUCAGAUCCUCAUAUUGAAGUGGAAAAACAACUUACUUUAGAUGAGGGAGUGCAGACGGCUACACCAGAAAUAACUUCACAAGAAAAAAGUACUGCUGAUUUUUCUAUUCAAACUCAACAUGAAGAAUUGAGACCAGUUGCUGAAGAAUCAAUGCAGACUGUCACUCCAGAAGUUUUUAUUAUACAUGAUGUUGAAACUGUUGAUAUAUCAGUGCAAUCAGAACCAACAGGCAUGCUCGAGGAAUUUGCACAAACAGAAACAAUAGAAAAGUCAAUGCAGGCAGAAUCCACAGUUAUUGAGCAAUCAACACAAACAAGCACACCAGAAGUUCUCGUGGGGCAGAUUGCAGUAACUGUUGAAACAUCAAUGCAGGCAGAAACAGCACCUCUUCUCGAUGAAUCUGCUCAGACUGUAACUCCAGAAGCUUUAAUUAAUACAACAGAAACUUCAAUGCAGGUAGAACUAACACCUGUCAUUGAAGAAUUUGCCCAGACAGUCACACCUGAAGUUGAAUUACCAGAUAUUGUGGAAACAAUAGAAAAAUCAAUGCAAGCUGAACCAACAGCUAUCCAUGAAGAAUCUGCUCAAACUAUGACACCUGAAGCACCUAAGGAAACAAUGGAAAUAUCAGUUCAGGCAGAGCCAACAGUUGUGCAUGAAGAGUCUGCACAAACUCUCACUCCAGAAGCUUCUGUGGAAACAUCAGAAAUGUCAACACAAGCCGAGAAAACUGUUGUUCAGGAAGUAUCUGCUCAGACUAAGACCCCAGAUGCACCAAUUGAGAAAAUAGAAACAUCUAUGCAGUCAGAACCAACUAUUGUUCAUGAAAUUUUUGCACAAACUGUUACACCAGAAGCUCCAGUGGCAGAUAUUGUAGAAACAACAGAAGUAUCAAUGCAGGUCGAACCACAGUCAUUCAGUGAAGAAUAUGCACAAACUAUAACACCAGAAGCUCCUGUUGAAUCUAAAGACUCAUCAAUGCAAGUGGAACAACCAUCCCUUCAUGAAAAAUAUGCUCAGACUGUUACUCCAGAACUUACUUUCGAAAAUGUAGAAACUAUAGAAACUUCAAUGCAAGCGGAGUCAGUACCUCUGCGGGAAGGAAGCAUGCAGACAGUGACACCAGAAGCUCCUGUCUUAUGCGAUGUGGAAACAACAGAUACAUCAGUUCAGGUAGAGCCAGCUUCAGUGCAUGAAGAAUCUGCACAGACUACUUCACCAGAAUUAGUUACAGUUGAAACAAGUGACUCUUUUAUUCAAACAAAAGCUGAGGAAAUAGUUCCAGUGCACGAGGAAUCAGCACAGACAAGUACAGAACCAAAAGAAAUAUCUGAAACAGCAAAAUUACAGUAUGUUAAUACAGUUGAUACUAGUGAUGUUUCUAGCCAGACAGCAAAGGAAAUCCCUGAAACAAAGGAUGGUUGCAUACAGACAAUUGGGGAAAAGGUUAAUUCUUUGGAAAUGUAUGUGCAGACAGUGAAGGAUGAAUUAACUCCCACAAGUGAAGAGAGUGCUCAGACAAUAGUUUCAGAAGUACUAGAUCUGGAGAAAGCUGAGAUAACUGAUACAUCCACUCAAACACAGAAAGAAAAAGGGAAAACUUCUCAAAAUGAAUAUUCUCAGACUACAACAGAAGCAUGCACAAAACUGAUUGACCCAGAAACAAGUGAUGCAGAUUGUCAAGUAUUAAAGAAUGAACUUACUCAUGUGCAGGAUGUCUGUUCACAGACCUUGGCUCCACAACCACCUGUCGCUGUACAAGUUGCAAUACAAACAAGAAAAGAAUCUCUAACUCCUACAUUAGAAGUCUAUUCACAAACUGCACCUGAAAUUCCAAAACUUUCUCUACAGUCUUCUGACAUUGUGGCAAAACAAGUUUCGUCUCCACUUCAGGAGACAUAUUCUCAAACUAGUACACCUGAGCCAGUGGUCAAAGAGGCAUGUUUGCCUACAUCAGAUGUCUCAAUGCAGACAAGACCAGUUCUGGUGAGAGAAUUCUCAGAUGACAGGGUUCCAUCUACUUCAUCUGAUGAGCCAUACGAAGUACAUGUUGAAACAUCUGUAACGAUAACUCAACCCGCUGUUAAUGAGUGGAGCUCUAGAUAUAAAAAGGGACAAUGGGAACCCAUCAACCCAAUGCACAAAAUGGAAACUCACAAAGUGUUGGAACAUUCUAGCAGCUCCAGUGUUGAUGAACAUGUUUAUGGUGCAACUCAUGUUUCCAGUGUGUCAACAGGUGAUUCAGAGGAAGACAAUCGUUUAAAGGAAUUAAGUACUGUUGCAGAAACGUCCUUUUUACUUGGGCCCAUAACUGACUCCAAAAUUGUAAAAGAUAACAUUCAUCAGUUUAUCAUGUCAGAAAGAGGGAUAUCUCAACAUUAUAUACAACCAAAAAUUACAAAACCAACGAAGAGGCAAACAGAGGGGUCAGAUGACAAUGCAAAGCAAUUUGUAGAUGAUUGUGUAAAUGAAAACAAAGAUUUAGCACAAGUUCCACCUUCAAACUCUACCGUGGAACAUAUAGAAAUUGAAGUAAUUACCCCUCCAAGUAUUACUUCUAGUGCUGCAGUUUCGUCACCUGAAAGUUUUUCAGAAGCUGUAGGUUCAGAUGAAUCUCAUCUGAUCGAUAAUAAAAUACUUUCCAAAACAACAAAGGAGGAUGACACUAGAACAUUACCAGACUUAGCAACUGAUAAGAAAGACAGGCGAUCUAAGAAAGGUACAAGAAAACAGAAAAUACAAGCAGGAAAAUCAAAAGUUGCCAAACCUGAGCCACCAUCUUUGCAGAUUUAUAAUAUUGUAGACAUCUCUCAGACAGAUUUGCGACCUUCAUAUUCAGACGUCACAAAGCAGUCCCUGAAAACAGAUUUGGAUCGCAACAAAGAAGAGCAUUCCUUGUUAAUUAAGUUUGAGAAACAGCAGGAACCUGAAAUUGCAAGUACCAGUGAACAACCAUUUUUAGAAAAUUUGGCUUCACACACUGUGGUUUUCGAAACCAUCAGUGAUCUGGAAAUUAAAAAGGAUAAGCUCACAACCCAAUCUGAUGUAGCAACACACAUACAAAAACCUAAUGAGAAGCAUGCUGUGAUUGUAAAAUCACAAAAAUUACAUGAAAUUAAAGACAAGAAAACUUUGUCAGAGUCAUUAGGCAUUGGUGAAAACUUACCGUUACGUACCACGGAAGCUGUAGAACUACAAGAAUACCCUCUUAAAAAUAAACCUAUUCCAAUACCAGAUGAACAAGUGAUUGCAUUAAAGUGGCACACAGGCACCACAGAAAUUUCAGAGCAUGUUAAGAAUCUACAGAAUUUGAGGAAAGCUACUCCCAUCACAAGUGUAUUAUACGUAGCCUCAAUCCAAGACAAGGUAGAUGAAAAACCAUCAAAUCAAAGAACCACAGAGUUGCGAACAAAUUUGGACCUUCUUCAGAAUGCAAUGGAGAAAAAAGAUGUUGUGGUAGUGAAGAGAACCAUCAUCACAACAGUCGAAACCAUCACAUCUUGGCUGGAAACUAUAGAGUAUCGGGUGUACUUAAAACAACAGACCAAGUCCAUCUCAAUGAUUGACUAUGACAAAGAUUUGGGGGUACUAAAACAGGAGAUAGGUUGUAUAGAGGAAGGAGUCGAUGCCUUGGGUAGUAUGCUCAGAACUGCAGGAGAAAUAUGUAAUGAAGAUGACAAAAUGACAAUGAAAGAAUAUAUAUCUUCCCUUCAGAAACAUGUUAAAGCCAUCGAGGAAGUUACUCAAGAGAACGAAGACCAGAUUGCCAGGGAUCUGAAACGAUGGGAAGAGUUUUUAAAUGGUGUUAAUAAUAUCAGUGUUCUAGUGGAAGAACUAAAACAAAGGCUAGAAGAAGUUGUGGAGUCAGAGUCCUCAGCUCACUGGAAAUUCCAAGAGCUGGACAAGAUUGAAGCUUCAAACAGAUGCCACAAGGUGAAGACUGGUCUUCUUCUGGCGACAGCACUUGGUCUGAUGAAAGAUUUCCCUGGGCAUGAGAUACCUCCAGAGACCUACAGUGCCAAUGAAAUGACGUACUCAAUAGAUCACACCAUACGCUUGGAAAGAGAAAGACUUCUACAAUUUCUUUCUCUUGCUGAUGAGUAUGUGCAGACUCUAAACGAAUUUGCUCAAAUCAUUGAUGUGGCAGAUGCUUUGGUGGAAAGUCCCAUCCUGGUGGUGAGUCUAGAACACCUGCAAGAGGAAAUGCAGAAACACCGCAAAUUCUUUGUGAACCUGAGUCAUUGCAGGGGGAUCUUGGAGUCACUAGAAGGCAACCUGGAUCCUGAGACACGUGCACUUCACUCAGAGCUACAUCAGUCGUUGCACCACAGAGCCUCUGCCAUUCUGGACAAGGCUGCUGGUCGCGCCCAGCAGAUGGCGCUCGCUGCUUCGCGCUGGACGGUGCUGGAGCAGGGGAUGAAAGAAGAGCAAGGUUGGCUGCAGGUGGCUCACCAGAGAUUGCCGCACCUCCACACGGUCAAGUCUUCUGAUUAUGACCAGUACAUCUCUCUCUAUCAGUCACUAUCAUCAGAUGUGUCCGUCCAUCACGCACGCAUCUUGCAGCUACUAGGAGUGGCACACAGGUUGUGCGAGAUCAUAACUUGCCACGACCUAGAGGCUCGCUACGAUGAACAUCUGGAGGUGAUCUUACGGCUGCAAGAGGAGGUGAACUCCAGCCUGCGACGCCUGCUGACUUUCCAGGAAACAUGGUUGUUGUACGACUUGAUGAUGGGCAAGGUGGAGCACUGGAUCCAGUUGGCGGAGCGGGAGCUACCCAGCCUAUCAACGGAGACCACGCCUCAAGGCAGCGGGAACAUGAGGCAUUUUUGGGAGCUGAAAGCACAGUACGAGGUGCACAACAGCAUCCGCAACGACGCAAGCAGCCAUUUUGAGUCGGCAAUGCGAGUGAUAGCGGUGGCAGACGAGAUGACCCAGCGACAACUAAACGCGCAGCUGGAGGAGCGCUGGCAGGAGCUGUCAUCGCGCAUAGCGGGCAUUCAGGCGGCAGCGAUGGCGGGCGUGACAGGGCAGGACCUGCCGGUGGUCGACAAGCUAGCCUUCCUGAAGCAGGAGCUCCUGGAACUGCAGUCCUCCCUGCAGGACAUGCAUGGAGUCAUGAAGAGCAGCGAGGAGCUGAGUCUUUACAUAGAGCGGCUUCAGGUCCUGAGCUGUAGAGUGGAGCACAUCCAGGAUGACCUGGGUCGCCUGGGGCUGCUGUCGGGCGUGGAGUCUGAGAAGGUGGGCUCGCUGCUGUCCCUGGCCUGUGAAGUGGAGCAGCAAGUGGGCGAUGAGCUGGAAGGGGCCACUGUCCUGCGGGAGAGACUGCAGGCCAUCCAGUCGGGGCUGUCCCGGGUGAGGCGGGGCCAUCAGAGGGCGUCCGGCGUUCUGGAUCAGUGCGAGGCCAGCGAGAAGCUGGGCAGCGAGGUGGUGGAACAAGCCUUCAACAACUGCAAGGUGGUGGGCCGAGAGCUGGAGAGCCGCUGGGCCGACAUCAUGGCCCUGCGACAGCAGCUGCACAACCUGCCCACCAGCCUGCGGGUCUCCAUGUCGCCCGUGCAGGUGGAGCGAGCCGUGUCGCAGGUGCAGGACGAGCACGCCGCGCUGGAGAAGCGCUGCCGCCGCCUGUGUGCGCUGCUGCAGGAGCGGCUGGCUCUGUGGCGCUCGUUCCAGCGCCAGCUCCAGGGCCUGCAGCAGUCGGUGCAGGAGGCAGACUUCAUGAUGGAGCUGCUGGCCGUGCACGGCUCCGUGGACUACGACCGCCUCGUCAAGGCCACCGAGCGCCUCCAGGUCAGUUCCUGGCAUUACCUGUAGAGUUUAAAUUACCCUUUCAUAAUAAACCAUUUUGUUUAAAGGUUCUGUAAAAGUCCUCAAUUUGGUUUACUAGGGUAUUGAUGUUACAUCAAUUAUGAUGGCAGUUGAGAUUAAUAGGAAACUCUAAAAGACCAUAAAUCUCUAAAAUCUUGUGUCAGCAUAGAUUUUAUGUAUCACCAGGAUCAGCAAAAUAUAACUGGUUAGUUGACUAAUUUUUUGUAUUUGGUUUUGUACAUAGAGAUGCACAUACAUGCCUUAUACUUAAAAUUGAAUCGUAAAUAUUAAAAAGAAAUAUGUUCACGACUGCUGCACUACUGAGUUCAUACCAAUUAUAUAACAAGUGUUAUUGUUUUCUAAUUUUUUAUGUUCAUGAUUAUAUGUACAGUCACAAACAAAAUGCUUUGUUUACCAUAAAGAUCUUAUAACUCAGAUCGGCCUGGCUAAAAGACUAGCUAAUUGGCAACAUUCAUAAACACUUCAAAAAUUAUAAUUGAGAAUGUUUGCCGAAAAAUGUUUGUUCAUAUUUUUAAUAUAGAUGUUAAGUACGACUUUUGUUAAGCAGGUUUUACUGAAGAAAAAGAUUUAAAGUACUUUUACGUAGAUUUAUUUCUUAGAUCUUUCACAGUACAAAACACAGUUUGCCAUUACACUAUGUUCACAACUGGUCCUCACAGUUCUCUAAGCAACACAAACAACUUUGCCUGCUCAAAAAUUAAAUGUUUGUUAAUUUUGAUGAUGCCAAAAAUGUCUUGAUAAGAGAACUGGUGGGAUGACACCACUGCCUCCAGCCACACACGGAGGAGGGAGUCACGUGACCUCACUGCACAAUCACAACACAUCUUUGACAUAACAACCAAUCACAACUCAUUUCUUUUCAUACAACACAUUUAGAAUUCCGUGCCUGCUAUAUGCAUCUCUUUAGCCAAAUGAUAAACAAUGUGGGAAAUGCACGAGUUACACUUUUCCAUCAUAAGAAUACAGACAUAAACCUCAUUACUGAAAAAAGUCCAGAAAAAUUGGCCACCUGCUUCUCAUCCUUUCUUCCACUCAAACAAUACCUAAUAUUCUAAAAACAUUAUGGAAGCUUCUGAAUAACUCCAAACAUUAAAUAUAGGUAUUAAAACAAAAUUGAAUGAAAAAAGUACUAAAAAAUGCAUUCACACAUAUUAACUUAGUAAGAAAAAUAAGAACCAAAAAAUUAGAGUUCAAUGGCUUUUCUAAAUAAAACAUCUGAACACAAUAAUUAUUUACAACAAUAUUAAUAAUUAUAAAAUACAAGUAUAAAAACUAGUUCACUAUAUAAUCAGCUGAUUCUUCUGAAUGAAUAAAUUAUCAUAUUAAUUCCUCAUAAUUACUUUUAAUAGCUGGGAGAGCAGGCAGGGUCUUGCAGUGUUUCAAUCUGUUACACUGAAUUAAAUGUGAUGCAAAACUAGGCCUGUUCGAAUAUCAGUUUUUUUUAGUCAAAUUGAAUAUCAAUAUCAAAUUAUUCACAAAUACGAAUAUCAAAUUUGAGUAGUAAGAAUGAGAAUUAUAAUUCCACUAAAAAAAAUUUUCUUCAUAUUGUGUAACAAUUUUGAAAAAAUGGACAAAUAAUAUUAAAGUGAACUGUUGGUUAAGUUAAGCCAGCUACAGAAAUUGUAUGAAAAAUGUUUGUUAAAAUUUUAAAUUAUUAUUUUUAAAAAAUUUAUGCAGCUAACUUAACUUAACAAAACUUACAAUUUUUAAAAUUUUAUUUAAUUUCCCUUGUCCAUAUUUUUUGUGGACUUUAUACAUUGCUAUAGAAGCACAAUCCAGUGAAAUGUCUUUAAUGCUCACAUUCGAGGCCAUAGCCAUGGCGAGUUAGUGAUUUUGCCAGGAGGGCAAUGGUCAUGUGUCCACUACAGCCAAUCUCACACAAUCUUUAAACACACUUUACCAAAUUGACUAAUCUGGGUACAAGCUGCAUGUAUGAAAAAAAUGUUUACAUUAUGUGACAUAGCAUAACUCCUGCCCUCUGCUAAUAAUAUUUUUUACUAAUUUGCAUAAUAGUUCAUAAUUAAUUUGUAAUCAUGUUUCUUUCAUUAUGCAUAGGCAUUUAAAGUAUUUUCAUUGUUCUAAAGUAAGUAUUAAUUAAUCAUUAUUAAUUUUGGUUAGGUUUUUGUUGCAGUUUCAGAUACAUAUUUUCUUUAUUAUUUUAUUUUUCUAUGGUUUUAUUCUGGUGCUUUAAAACACGUGUUUCAUUAGUACAAACUUCAAAGUUCCAGGAGGUUUAAAAAGAAAGGAAGAUUGCAAUGGGACAUUCUUGCACCCUGAAGUAUUUUUUUUUUUUUUGUAUUUAAGACAUGUAAUGCUAAAAAACUCACCACGUAGGGGCAUGACUAUGCAGCAAUAGCCCAGGUGGUUUGCUGGAUGCUUUUCAGCCACCCAAUCAGAACAAACCAUGAGGUGAUGUGAUGUGAUGUGAAUACUUUUUGCAACACAUCUUCCCUAUAUGGUCAUGUAUCUGGUUUUGUUUUUAUAUUGGUCAGGGUAACCAUGGGGUUGCCUCCCUUUGUUUCUAACUUUGUAAAGUAAGGUAACUGAAUGGUGCAAGUCAGUUGUCGCUCUAGUGUCGCCGCAUGCUGUCGUGUCGGCAGCAACUCGUAAACAUAUCAUGAGAAAUACAUGAAAUGACGAAAUGACAAUGUAACACUUGUUGGUCAGGACCUGGCCGAGUAUCAAUCCUUUUUUUUUUUUUUGUUGUAUUUUUGGAAUUAAUUUUAAUAUUUGAUCCCAGGCGUCGGCAUCGACCCAGAUGACCGUUGUUGUCUCCCCUCCCCCAACCCCCCCUCUUUCUCUCUUCCGGGAUAAUUUCGUGGGUGGAUGUACUUAGUUAAGUAAUCUUACCUAAGGACUUAAAUUUUUAUAUAUCGAGCGACAUGACGUUCAAAUGGAACUGUGAUUGGUAUGUAGUGUAAACUAGUUUUGUCAGUAUGUAACCAGACAAGUUUAAGAACUUUCUUACUUGGAGAAAUAAAAACUUUUCCAAUUAAAAAUUUUUGAUCAUUAGUCUGUUAUUGGAACCACGUGUAAUUUUUUUUUUUUUUUAAAGAAAAUAUUAAACAAAGGAAGUUUAAAUGUUUUUAAUUUUUCUAAAUAAAAUAACUUUUCCAAGUAAGGUAGUUUGGUUAAAAAAGGAACUUAAAAAUAAUCUUAAAGUUUAUGCAUACAAACAUUAAGUUUUCAAGUAAUUUGUUACUAUUUUGGGUUGUUUUUCCAGGCCAACCUGGAAUUUAACUAUGUUUAUAUGUGUGUGUGUGUGUUUGUGUAUAUACAAAACCAGGCCUGUCUCUUCUGUCUCUAUCUAAUUCUGAUGAUAAAUUAGUCCUUCUAACUCUCUCGUACUUCAUAGUAUCACCAUCCCCCCCUUCUCUCUCUCUCUCUUUUUCUUUUUCUCUCUCUAUCUCUAACUCUCUCUCUCUCUCUCUCUCUCUCUCUCUCUCUCUCUCUCUCUAUAUAUAUAUAUAUAUAUAUAAAACUACCUCUGAAACAUAUAUUCAGCCAUUUACAUUGAAACAGAAAACCUUUUUAAUCACUGAAUGUUCAGAAGACAUAAUAAAAAUAUUUGUGUCUUUUUUUUUUAUGAGCAGAAAAACAAAAAUGUUUCCUGUAGGCUAAGGGGACCUUUGGAACUUGUUGCUCAAAAAGCAAUCCGGCAUAAAUACUGAUGUGAACCAAUAACAAAAUUUCGAACAAUUCUAAUAAAGUAUACAGCCUUUCAUUUAAAAGCAAGGCUUUAUAGGUUUGCUGACUUGUCAGUGCGACCUGAAUCGAACAAGUGUAUGUCGUCUUUUAUGCUAGGAUUAGUUUAGGGCAGUCUUAACUUUAUUUUGUUUUGUUUAAAAAUGUUGUUAUAACUAACAAAUUGACCCAUGGUAGUUAAUAGAUAAUAAGUACGAAAGCAUGUAGGUACAUAAUGUUAUAUUUUAUUAGCCAUAUUUAUGCAGAUAAAUAUGUAUGUGAGACAUUGUGUUACUUUCUUAAACAUUUUAGUAUACCACCAUAAGCUACUCAUAUGUGUAACUUCCACCCGCUAAUAUUUUACCUACGUACCAUUUUUGAAUGAGUUGAUUAGCUGCAUUACAUAUUUGCACUAGCAUAAAGAAACAGGAUUAUAUAAGACAGUUUCUUUCAGAUAGCACUGUUUUUGUGUCUUUAUGGAAUAUCAUGUUAAUCUAUGCAGGUGACAGGUUAGGUGAGAUUUUGUGGCCAUUUUUACUCAACAAAAAGAAAAGAAUAUUUUCAGGAAGUGCAUCUUGUGUUUAUACAUGCCAUUCUACCAUUAGCCUUGGUAACUCGGACAUGCAAAGUGGUGUAAAGAGCCAGAGGCAACUGCAAGUAAGAAACGACUGGCACGGCUUCCCACCUUUACACCCUGACAUGUUUUUGCAGUUUGUAGCCGUGUCUUUGUGGUUGCAGACGGUUUCCCUCAUGAAGCCUCAUUAACAUGCCAUUGGACAGAAGCUAUGACUGUUCUUGUGUUAACAGAGUUUCAACCCAGACAGUUUCUGUGUUGAGUUAACAAUCAUAUGUCUUUUAAUGCCCAAUUUCCAUUGCCAACUUUAUUUUAAAUACUAAAAUAAAGGUCAUUAUAAACAAUUAUAAAAUUGUAACAUAAAUAACAUAAGGACAUUAAAUGAAAGGAUGUAUUCAUAGCAAGUUCAGAUUGUUUAUAUACAGUUUGUCCAUAAAAGAAUGUUCCAGUUAUAAAUUUUAAUAGUAUCAACUGUAAUCAUUGUAGAGUUUUGGUUCAAGGUCACAAUAAGAGAGUAACUUAAACAGCUUUAGAUAAGCGUAUGUAUGAGUACUGCUUUGUUGUUUUCUCUCUUGCAGCACCACCUACGCAUAAUGGCAACUCCUGAGCGUAAAGCAUUUUGUGUUCUGCAAUUCGCUAGAAGUGAAUCUGUAAUUUCAGAACAGAGUCCCACCCUAUUGGAAUCUUUUUGUACGAGAGUAGCUGAACGUCAAAGCAUUGUGUUGGUCAUAAUGGUUGAGAUGGCAAAGCUCUUUUUCCCUGGCCUCCAUGUUCACCUGACUUAAUGCCAUGCAAUUUUUUUCUUUGGAGCUUUAUAUAAGAUUGUGUUUAUGUUCCGACAACCUAAUGAUUUCCCAUAGUUGAGACACAAUUGAAGAGGCUAUUCCUUCCAUUACUCCGGACUUUUUAACCAAAGUGUGGUAAGAAUUGGACUAGUUGGAUGUGUGCCGUAUAACUAAAGGUGCACAUAUUAAAAAUUUGUAAGAAAAACUAGGUUAGUUUACCUUCAAUUUUAUGUAUGAUUCAUUGUAAAUAGUCUAAAUUAAACUGUUAAAAUAUACCAUUGAAACUGGGACAUUCUUUUAUGGACAUCUUGUAUCAUUCAAUAAAUAAUAAAGUAUGGAAACUAGCAUUUAACAAUCAAAAAAUAACAAUUAUCAAUAGAUUGGACAUAAAUUUCAAAACAAGAAAAUAAAGCCACAUUACCAUUGAGACACAGAAAAUAACACUAGGAUUUGCUUUUUUCUUCAAGUAAGACACUGGAUGCAGAACAUAAUUUGCAUUUGACUCAAGAUGAGUAAAAAUAAAUCUGUUAUUUGGAGUUAUGUUUGGCAUUGAAAACCGUAAAUAAUGAUACAUUUCUGUAAUUCACAAUGGACGGUGCUUAAAUUUUAAUGAUAUUGUGUGCUCAUUUAUUUGUACUCUCCAAAACACUUCUCAAAUUUCUAAAUUAGAGUUAGCCGUCUGAUGAUAUUUGUUAAAGAAAAACUUAUUUUGUACCUAUGUCUGUGUUACUGUGAUACUAACAAAAUUUUGAUAGUUGUACCCCAAAAAGCAGGGUGGUGUUGUAGUUCCAAUUGUCAUAUCACUCCUUUCCCAACAAAAUACUUAACACACAGUAACUUUUUUAGUACAGGAACACUGUACACUAGAACCCUGAUUUUGCAUACGCUCACAGUUCCAUGGAUUGCAUUCAUAAAAUCACUACCUUGGUAAAAUCGGGGUUUGCCCAUUUUGACACCCUCUCCACCACUGUAGAAAAAUAUUGUUGUAGCAAACAUUAAAAAAUAUCUACUGGAUGUUACAGCGUAUCAUGCGGUGUAAUUGUGCUUGCCUUUCAUACACACUGUUAUUCCUACGAUCAUGUGAAUAGUGACUCUCCCAGUUGUGAACAGCAUGUGGAAUGUUAAUACUAAUAACAGCUCAUAUUUUUUAUAGGUCUACACAUUUUAGACAUUUCUCACGUAAAGUGGAAAAGUGAACUAAUAUGUAUUUGGCCUCCUUUCUCAGGUUAUUUUACCAUCACUUAUACUUUUCUCCUCUCCUCUUUUGUUAAUUCCGCCAAAAGACAUCCCAGUAUCCAUUCUCUAUGGGAGAGAUCAGACGGGUGACAAAAGCAACAGAAGUACUACUGGUUGCCCAGGGAAACCCUUGUGGUUGGUGACGCCUCAGGAUGCUGUGCAGUGUGGGCAACCAGUUUUCCACUGAGCCCUCGGGAACAGAAUUAGGGGUGACCGGGGGUAGUUGUCACAGGGCAAGUUGUCAAACUAUUUAUGUAGACGUUUCUAGUGAAUAUAAUUUAUAUAUUUUCAUCCACAGGUUACAAGAGUCACUAUCUAAUAUGUACUAUCUAACGGACGUAAAAUUAUUUAAAUGCCGACCGCAGCUUUUCUUUCUUCAGAAUAACCAUUUUUGUGUAUAUGAUAUGUAAUUGCGAGUAAAAAUAUUCUGUAUACUUAAUCAGUCACUGUGCACUUUCCUUGAUAUAGGUUAAGAAAUUGAUCUACAUAUUCUUAUUCCAUAAACCUUUUGCUUUAAAAUAAUGUACAUAAAUGCUACUUACUCACUAGAAAAACUUUAGAUAGUGUUGCAAAAUAAAAUAAUUAUGGUACUCUGGGACACGUUGUCACAGGGAUCGACGGACUAGUUAACUCUGUGACAACUUGCCCCAUAUGGAGAAGAAAUGUUAAAUAGCUUACUGACUUUAUAAAAUAAAAAUGUUUGCAUUGUUUUAUAAUGUGUUAGGGAUAAGUAUCCAACUCAUCUUUCAUAAAUUGGCUCAUGACAAUGGCCAACGACUUACGUCAGGGGCUUUUUUGAAAUCGUAAUAUAACAAUAAAUUCAACAAUAAGAUUGUAUGUAAUGUUAUCCAUUCACAAAACAAUAAGUUUCAAUUUUUAAGUUUUAGGCAUUUAACACUUAUUUUGAAUUCUUUUGCUACAAGAAAUACAUAAAUAUUAAUUUUCUAGAAAUAAGCAUAUCCCAUUUAUUCGUUUUCCAACGUAUUAAUUCUAAACAGCAUUUCAUAAGGGAUGUUCCAUCAGGAUGUCAAGGAACAGCAAAUCAAUCUGGUUGGAUGAAAAAAGAAAAUGGAAAAUGUCCUGGAUUUCAUUCAACAUUUUGUUGCAAAUGUUAAGUGUAUAAAACUAAAUCCCAACCUCCUCCUACUCGAUAAUCAUGGUUCUCAUCUUUCUAUCUCAACUCUGGAUUAUGCUAAAGAAAAUGGCAUUGUUGUGCUAUCUUUUCCACCCCAAUGUUCUCACAAACCCCACCCUCUUGAUCGAAGUGUGUUUGGGCCUCUGAUAAAGUUGGUUAACACUGCUUGACAUUCGUAGUUUAUAAACCACCCUAGAUCAACUCUAAGCAUAUACAAAUAUGAUAUUCCAUCAAUAAUUUCCACAGCACUUCUGCAGGCUAUCACUGCAAGCAAUAUAUCAUCAGGAUUCAAAAUGACUGGGAUCUUUCCAUCCAAACCAUUUCUGAUGUAGAAAUCCUUCCUAGAUAUUCCACAGGAAGGCAGAAUCCAAAUGGAACAACUACAGAACCAAAUACAAGGAAUUCUGAGUCCCUUCUUCUAGUGCCGUUAAGAUUCAGGGUUGGAUAAUUCCGUAUCUCCUGAUUUUUCUACAAAUUCUUCAACAUCAUUCUCACCGAAACAUGUCUGACUAUUUCCCAAGGUUGGAGAAAGAAAAAAACUGUCCCUAAAGAAAAACAAGGAAAUCCAACUACCCUGACUGACACUCAAGUAAAAGAUGCAUUGGAUGCUGAAAAAAAUCCCUUUUAGCACAGCCUGCAGGCGUAGGUAGAUUUUGAAGUACCUAUUUCUUCUGGAAAUGUUUUGGAAACUUUUAUAAACUCCUGGAACUUUUUCAGAACUUGUUGUGGUUCCGGAGGGUGUGAAUCGUAAACGGUCGUGAAUUUGGGCGCCAUCGUAUGAGGGCACACGGACCCAGCAGAGACUCGUCUCAGGGUGUGAUAUCGCCUGUGUGGGGAACGAGAUUCGGUCCCUCCUAGCCUCCAAUUAUCGCACAGACCUGGCACGCACUCAGCGUCGAGCAUGCUUACACAUGACGAAAAUGGUUGCACACUCCAGUGGGCUCUUAAAGUGACCCACACGCCUGAUACCUGGGAGAGCUGGCACGUGGGCAGUAAAUAACACAGUGAACUCAGUACGGUUUUUUAUUAUACUUUGACGUCAGGUUGCAUACACAGUACCCACGGCACGAACUGAGCUAGGCAAGAGCCGGGCCACGCGGUGGUCGCUGUCUGGCAAAGUCCCGUUAAGGGUUAAAAAAAAAAAUAGAAUUUGAGCAGUCUGCCGGCCGUGGCCAGUUCCGAGGAUAAUAUUAAAUUGAUUGAGUUUGAAUAACAUUAACAGAUCUAAGUACAGUUGGGCGAUGCAAAUGGAUGAAGUCCCCGGGGUAUGUAUGCAUCUCACCUCGACCGUUGCUAGUUGCAGACGGCCGGAAGGGUGCGCUCCCACCAGCAACGUGCUGUUUCCUACCAAACCACAGAACUAUUACACUAGUUUAGUUAUGUACUGCAGGUGAACAAGGAAAGCACUCUUAAAAUACUAAUUUAAAAAAAUACAUGCCCUUUCGUUACUUAGCUACAUGCGAACAUACAGUUAUUACUAAACUAACAUAUAAACAGGAUCCAGGUUCGUUCAGUUCCAGUCCGCUAUGGCGCCAUUGUUGAAUCGAAGCACUGAGCUUAAAACACCAUCUUCCGGUAGUUCGUGGCGCGUUGUUUGAAAACACGCGACUACGUUCUUCUGUAAUUACAUACCGGGAAGGAACGGGUGAAGGUCAAGGAAGGGAGUUUAGUCCAACCAGGCUUAUGGGGUGAAACCCCGGUCGUAGUCAAACUUAAUGUACAUAUCAUCCUAUAUCUUUGCCAAUACAUAUUAAAAAAAAUUAUUAUUAAUUUUCUCAUAUUCCAUGCUGUGAAAAUAUUUUUAAUGUUUUUAACUUAAUAACUUAAUGCAUCCAGCAUUGAAUGUCUUAAAUUUAAUAUUAUGCCUACUAAGGUAGUUAUGCAAUUAUUUUUCAACUUCAAACACUAGUUUGCAUCUUUUUUCACUAGUAUGUGGAUGUAUAAAAAUGUUUUUGGACAAUGGUUUAAGGUAAUAUUAAGAAGGUUAUUAAUAAAUUUUGACGAAUUUUAUACUAACAAAGUUUUAAUAUUUUAAAAUUUAAACCCAGUUUUUACGGUAAUUAUAAUAGUUCUGAUAGUGACAUUUGGUCUUUCUACCCUUAUUAUUUCCACCCCUUGCAAUAAUGAUUUGUGAUAAAAAAUUUACUAUGAACAAAAGUUUUCAUCAAUAUUUAAAAAGUUAAACAAAAAUAAACAUAAAUUCAAUAGAGUACAUUGCAGGGAGGUUUUAUUUCUUUUCUUAUUUCAACCCCAGGUAUUUUCAACAUUUUGCAGUAAUGGUUUGUAUUAUCAAAAAUAUUUUAGGUAAAAAUUAUAAUAUUUACAAACAAUUUGAAUGGAUUUGAUAGUGUACCUACUAAGGGAGUUAUGAAUUUCUUUUAAAUUCUACCCUUCAUUCUUUUCAACCCCUUGCAGCGAUGGUUCAUCUAAUAAAAAAAUUGUCAUGAGAGCUUCACUCAUGCAGCUGCAUCGUCUGAUACAGAUACAUUCUGUUUAGUGUGGGAAGAACCUUUCAGACAAAUUGUUCCACGUGAAGAAUGGGAAGGUUUAUUCACCAUCAAAUUUGAUCUCAUGAAAAGUGUACACAUAAGAGUAACUCACAACUUUUCUAUUUUGUGUACCCAAGGGCGCCCAUAUGAUAAUUUGUAGGGGGGGGCCAGACUUAGGGGUAUGAAGUAUUUUUAAUCUUUUGGAAGACUUAACUGCGGCUUGUUACUAGCCAUAAAAUAGUUCCAGUUCUGACCCUGUUAAAAUUUUUUGUCCUGUUACUAAAAUACUAGACCACAGUACUCAUUCGCCAUAAAAAAAAAUCUUUAUUGGCUACUUUAUUAAUUAAAUAUUAACUAUUUUAUUGAAACAAAUGAAUUUUUAGCAUUAAAAAUGCAGGAAUACAGUCCUUAAACUUUUACAGCGUCUCGGGUACACGGAUAUCAAGAAUACAGUCCUUCAACUAAUUGCUCUCUUUACCCCUAAAUAAAUGUCGCGUACAAAUUAAAUUAAAAUAAUUAUAAAGUUGAAAACGUGUUGGUCAAAAGAUUCAACUUUGGGAGAGAAACGAUUUAAAUAUGUUAUCACAGUCAGAAAACAGUUGUUUUUAAAUGUAACACCUGAAAUACGCUUAUAAUUAUAGUCAAAAAUUGUUUCACAAUUAAAUGAAUAUUACUAUGUUUCGAUAUGAAUCAUAAUUGCUUAUCAUUUAGAAUUAGCACAGAUGGAUUCAGUAGUCGAGGACUAUAAGUUUAUUAAGUGAUAGUAAAGCGCAGAAAAAAUUAGUUUAUUAUUAAACUAGACAAUUUAACCAAACAGUAUUUAUUUAGAGGUUAAGGAAUUAAGUGACACCAAAACCAAUGAAAAUAAUCGAAAAUUUCUAAAUGCUGACAUAACUCAUAAUCAGCUUUACACAGAAGAGUUUAGUUCAGCGCAAUUAAUCCACACAAAACAACUGGACAAUAUGUCGACGCGUAUUUUAAGAAUAUAAGAAGAUCCACAUCGCAGUAUAAUUUUUUUUCGUGUCGUGUGGUGCGGGCCCAUAGGCUACAGCCUAGAUAGCCUGCGCGUAAAUACGGCCCUGAUAAACCCUUAAAUAACAUGUUCAGUACUUAACUUCAGAAUUAAGAGUACAUUAGAACCUCGAUUUUACGGAGCCCGGACUCAACGAAGCCGGGUUUUUACGAAUACAUUUUUCAGGAACCAACUAAAAUUCGGAAAUUUUGACACCAAAA